AUGUGGGGAAUAGACGACCAUUUGAGAGGUAUGUUAUUGAGUGUGACGCCAAAGAGAUAGGAUUUGUCCAUAACUAAGUAUAACUUCAUAUACAAAUGGAAUAUUUGCAUGAAAAAUCAACUCAUGCACACAAAAGUACACUAAGUGUACAAAACAUUAGGAACACCUUCCUAAUCGUGAGUUGCACCCCCUUUUGCCCUCAGAACAGCCUCAAUUCAUCAGGGCAUGGACUACAAUGUGUCGAAAGCGUUCCACAGGGAUGCUGGCCCAUGUUGUCUCCAAUGUUUCCCACAGUUGUCAAGUUGUCUGGAUGUCCUUUGGGUGGUGAACCAUUCUUGAUACACACAGGAAACUGUUGAGAGUGAAAAACCCAGCAGCGUUGCAGUUCUUGACACACUCAAACCGGUGCGCCUGGCACCUACUACCAUACCCCAUUAAAAGGCACUUAAAUCUUUUGUCUUGCCCAUUCACCCUCUGAAUGGCACACAUACACAAUCCAUGUCUCAAUUGUCUCAAGGCUUAGAAAUCCUUCUUUAACCUGUCUCCUCCCCUUCAUCUACACUGAUUGAAGUGGAGUUAACAAGUGACAUCAAUAAGGGAUCAUAGCUUUCACCUGGAUUCACCUGGUCAGUCUAUGUCAUGGAAUGUUUUGUACACUCAGUGUAGAUGCCUAAUGACAUAUAGUAUGACAAUCCCUUGCAUGCCCUGAAAUACAAACAUGAUUUGUUCACUUAAAGCACAUGGCUGGUGUUCAAAUCCCUAAGACAGUUUUGGAUAUGUAUCAACGUAACGUUGCCUCUACACUUUCCAGACGAGAAGAGAACAUUCAGGUUUGUUCAUUUUCUCGCUUAUGUAAGAACCAAUGACAAAGAAUGCAAUAUUUAUUGAAUUUGAUAAUUUAAUUAUAUGUGUUGAAUAAGACAUUGACAUUUAUUCAUUUCCUAAAUUGAGUUUAAAUGGAAUUGAACCCAACCCUGGUUCAUUUGAUUGAUUGUUUUACUGUGCCAUUGGAACAAAAAAGAAUCCUAUUGACAACUACAAUAUUCUACAACUUUCGUUGAAGAAUAUUAAAGCUCACACACCCGUACAGAAGGGGAAGACAGGAACAUCUCAGAGACAAACAGCUCUUCAGUAGCUGAUCUCGAAGCACAUUAAAACUUGUUUUCAACCACUCCACACAUUUUUUUGUUAACAAACUAUAGUUUUGGCAAGUCGGUUAGGACAUCUACUUUGUGCCUGACACAAGUAUUUCCUUCAUCACAUUCCCAGUGGGUCAGAAGUUUACAUACACUCAAUUAGUAAUGGGUAGCAUUGCCUUUAAAUUGUUUAACUUGGGUCAAACGUUUCGGGUAGCCUUCCACAAGCUUCCCACAAUAAGUUGGGUGAAUUUUGGCCCAUUCCUCCUGACAGAGCUGGUGUAACUGAGUCAGGUUUGUAAGCCUCCUUGCUCGCACACGCUUUUUCAGUUCUGCCCACAAAUGUUCUAUAGGAUUGAGGUCAGGGUUUUGUGAUGGCCACUCCAAUACCUUGACUUUGUUGUCCUUAAGCCAUUUUGCCACAACUUUGGAAGUACGCUUGGGGUCAUUGUCCAUUUGGAAGACCCAUUUGCGACCAAGGUUUAACUUCCUGACUGAUGUAUCCACAUAAUUUUUCUUCCUCAUGAUGCCAUCUAUUUUGUGAAGUGCACCAGUCCCUUCUGUAGCAAAGCGCACCCACAGCUUGAUGCUGCCACCCCCGUGCUUCACGGUUGGGAUGGUGUUCUUCGGCUUGCAAGAUCCCCCUUUUUCUUCCAAACAUGACGAUGGUCAUUAUGGCCAAACAGUUCUAUUUUUUUUCAUCAGACCCGAGGACAUUUCUCCAAAAAGUACGAUCUUUGUCCCCAUGUGCAGUUGCAAACCGUAGUCUGGCUUUUUUAUGGCGGUUUUGGAGCAGUGGCUUCUUCCUUGCUGAGUGGCCUUUCAGGUUAUGUCGAUAUAGGACUCGUUUUACUGUGGAUAUAGAUACUUUUGUACCUGUUUCCUCCAGCAUCUUCACAAGGUCCUUUGCUGUUGUUCUGGGAUUGAUUUGCACUUUUCGCACCAAAGUACGUUCAUCUCUAGGAGACAGAACGCGUCUCCUUCCUGAGCGGUAUGACAGCUGCGUGGUCCCAUGGUGUUUAUACUUGCGUACUAUUGUUUGUACAGAUGAACGUGGUACCUUCAGGCAUUUGGAAAUUGCUCCCAAGGAUGAACCAGACUUGGUGAGGUCUACAAUUGUUUUUCUGAGGUCUUGGCUGAUUUCUUUUGAUUUUCCCAUGAUGUCAAGCAAAGAGGCACUGAGUUUGAAGGUAGGCCUUGAAAUACAUCCACAGGUACACCUCCAAUUGACUCAAAUGAUGUCAAUUAGCCUAUCAGAAGCUUCUAAAGCCAUGACAUCAUUUUCUGGAAUUUUCCAAGCUGUUUAAAGGCACAGUCAACUUAGUGUAUGUAAAUUAGUACAGACACCCUUUACAUCCACUUCCAAACACUGAAUAAUUGUUUUCUUCUUCACUACACUAAGGUGAUGGGGACAGUAUAUCUAAAACAGAGGUAAAAGACAUGCAGUGUAGCUUGGCCAACUUGCUCUGGGUGAGAAAUAGCAGUAGUCGUUGCUUAAUCAUAAUAGCAAUAUAGCCCAUCUCGAUUGGGAACAUGUUGCAUAAUGUGCAAUCUGGACUAUGUUGUCUGCUUACAUAUUCAGGCUAGUAAUUGGGUGUGAAACUAGAACAAAGAGAUUGAAGCAUAUGGAAACCUGGAAACCUGUGCAUGGGAAUGAGCUGAAAGCUCAACAUUCAGUAUUCGCACUAAGCACUUACUGUACUUAUAUGAUUAAAGUAGAGCAGGCUUUGCAUUUGGAAUACUUUAGAGAAACGGUUGUGGUCCUUUAUAGAAUGUCAUCAUUUCCAUUUGAGGUCAAUUUGACCAGACCUACAUUCUGGUACGACAUAGGUCAAACAGUUUUCCUCUUCCAGGGCAGCAACAUACCGUAAUCUCUCUUCCUCAGAUGCUCUAAAAGCAGCAUUUCCAAAUGCAGUUGUUUAUAAUAAAUUAAGAUAUACAAUAUUAAUUAAUUAAUGAAGCACACUUUCCUGACAUUAAUGUUUCUUACAGUGACUUGUCCUCAAAUUAAAUUGAUGGCAUGGCAUGAUGCCAGAAUGAUUGCAAAUUUCCUAACAGAUUAUAUUAUGUACAGUAGGCCUAGCUGUCUGACGUCUCUUGACUGGCGGAUCUCUAUCUCAAAUUUUAUUUAAAUCAAUCAAAUGUUAUUUAUAAAGCCCUUUUUACAUCAGCAGAUGUCACAAAGUGCUGUACAGAAACCCAACCUAAAACCCCAAACAGCAAGCAAUGCAGAUGUAGAAGCACGGUCUCUCAGAGCUGUCUCUAAGGAGAGUCGGCCAUGUGGAGCAGAGCUGUAAUAGAUCUCAUGAAUCCACAGUCAGCCUGUCAGUGAGCCCAGACUGCUCUAACCACCCCACAGUCCACCUGACCAUCCCUCGGGGCCUCCACAGGCUCUCUGCAGAGACUUACCAUAGGAAUACACUGUACUUAACAUUGUUUUACAGACAAGUGUUUGUGACAGGGUCACAUGGCUGCAUAUUUAUUAUCUUAAAGGGAUAGCUCACUUUUUAAAAAACGUUUAUUUGAUUUUGACAAGCAAUAAAAGUGAACGACCCCUUUAAGACUAAGAGAAGGUUGAAAUAUUAGAAGAGGAAGAGAAUCAAAUGGGAUUGUCAAAUGUCAAUCAUAAUUAAAGUGUUCAUCAAAGUUGUUGUUUCCAUAUCAUUGGAGAGGAUGAGAGACACUGUGAUGUACUGUUAAGUAAGAAAGAAGAAGACAAAGAAAGGAGCAAUCUGCUUUUUGCAUACCUCAGUUUCAAGAGGAAAAACUCUUUGAAGUAAAUAUUGCCUAGAGAAAUGGUUGCCAUUGACAACAGUGGUUUUGUCUUCUUUAUAAAUAACUGAGAACAUAGUUAUGUGAAAUAAUUGGAAUUUGAGAUAAAGCCAGGCAUGAAGAAAGAUAUUCCCAAUCUAUAAUAAUAAUAAAAUAAUAAUAUGCCAUUUAGCAGACGCUUUUAUCCAAAGCGACUUACAGUCAUGCGUGCAUACAUUUUUGUGUAUGGGUGGUCCCGGGGAUCGAACCCACUACCUUGGCGUUACAAGCGCCGUGCUCUACCAGCUGAGCUACAGAGGACCAACUCAUUUAUAGAGUGCACUCGACAUGCUGAGUCUGAAUGAGUUAUUUUAGUUCCAUUAACUUAAACAAAUGCAGUCAUGAAUAUUCCUUUAUUCUCUUCUCUGUUUCAGCAGGUAGUUAAUAUGUCCCUCUUUUCCCUCUCUCAGACGACGGCAAGCUGUCCCUGGAGGAGUUCCAGUCGUACUUUGCCGACGGUAUCCUCACCACGGAGCAGAUGCAGGAGCUGUUCUAUUCCAUCGACAGGCAGCAGACUGAGUGAGUGCAUCUCAUCUGCCUCUGGGAAUCCACCUUAGUCACCAUCUGUAACUCUGCCACGCAGGGCGGGACGUCUACACUUCAAAGAGGAUGUGUCAAUAUUUCAUCAAGGGGGCAUAGAAUCUAGCGCAUGAGCCCUAGUUUUAGUAGUCUAAUGAGGGCUCCAGUAGGGGUGAUGCGUGAAGCUUGAGGCUGAGAGUGUCCUAAAAUGUACACCGUACAGCAGCAUGUUUAGGGAAAGGGGGAUACCUAGUCAGUUGCACAAUUGAAUGCAUUCAACCGAAAUGUAUCUUCCGCAUUUAACCCAACCCCUUUAAAUCAGAGGUGCGGGGGGCUACCUUAAUCGAUAUCGGCAACCGGGGAGCAAUUGUUGCUGGGGGUUAACUGCCUUCCUCAAGGGCAGAACUGCAGAUUUUUCCACUUUGCCGGCUCGGGGAUUCAAACCAGCGACCUUUCGGUUACUGGCCCAACGCUCUUAAUGCCCGUAACCACUUUAUACACACAGAAGAAUGGAAUAUAGAGAAAGGAAAGAAAGAAAGACUAUGUGGUCAAUCGAUGUGCUCGUAAUUAGAACCUUAGGUAAAGAAAAAUAGAGGUGUAAGCCAGGGUUUCUCUGAAGACAACACAUGCAUUAUACAAUAACAUACACAUACUAGAUAAUGGUACUCUACACUCACAUCCCCUUAUGGCCCCAUAUGGCCCAAGGCCCUUACUGUUUCUCCACAGUGUCCUGAUACCUAACCAACACCUCCUUGUAUCUCCAGGGAACCUACAGUGAGGGAAAAAAGUAUUUGAUCCCCUGCUGAUUUUGAACGUUUGCCCACUGACAAAGAAAUUAUCAGUCUAUAAUUUUAAUGGUAGGUUUAUUUGAACAGUGAGAGAAAGAAUAACAACAACAAAAUUCAGAAAAACGCAUGUCAAAAAUGUUAUAAAUUGAUUUGCAUGUUAAUGAGGGAAAUAAGUAUUUGACCCCCUCUCAAUCAGAAAGAUUUCUGGCUCCCAGGUGUCUUUUAUACAGGUAAUGAGCUGAGAUUAGGAGCACUCUAUCUAAUCGCAGUUUGUUACCUGUAUAAAAGACACCUGUCCACAGAAGCAAUCAAUCAAUCAGAUUCCAAACUCUCCACCAUGGCCAAGACCAAAGAGCUCUCCAAGGAUGUUAGGGACAAGAUUGUAGACCUACACAAGGCUGGAAUGGGCUACAAGACCAUCGCCAAGCAGCUUGGUGAGAAGGUGACAACAGUUGGUGCGAUUAUUCGCAAAUGGAAGAAACACAAAAUAACUGUCAAUCUCCCUCGGCCUGGGGCUCCAUGCAAGAUCUCACCUCGUGGAGUUGCAAUGAUCAUGAGAACGGUGAGGAAUCAGCCCAGAACUACACGGGAGGAUCUUGUCAAUGAUCUCAAGGCAGCUGGGACCAUAGUCACCAAGAAAACAAUUGGUAACACACUACGCCAUGAAGGACUGAAAUCCUGCAGCGCCCGCAAGGUCCCCCUGCUCAAGAAAGCACAUAUACAGAGCUGUCUGAAGUUUGCCAAUGAACAUCUGAAUGAUUCAGAGGAGAACUGGGUGAAAGUGUUGUGGUCAGAUGAGACCAAAAUCGAGCUCUUUGGCAUCAACUCAACUCUCCAUGUUUGGAGGAGUAGGAAUGCUGCCUAUGACCCCAAGAACACCAUCCCCACCAACAUGGAGGUGGAAACAUUAUGUUUUGGGGGUGUUUUUCUGCUAAGGGGACAGGACAACUUCACCGCAUCAAAGGGACGAUGGACGGGGCCAUGUACCGUCAAAUCUUGGGUGAGAACCUCCUUCCCUCAGCCAGGGCAUUGAAAAUGGGUCGUGGAUGGGUAUUCCAGCAUGACAAUGCCCAAAAACACACAGCCAAGGCAACAAAGGAGUGGUUCAAGAAGAAGCACAUUAAGGUCCUGGAGUGGCCUAGCCAGUCUCCAGACCUUAAUCCCAUAGAAAAUCUGUGGAGGGAGCUGAAGGUUUGAGUUGCCAAACGUCAGCCUCGAAACCUUAAUGACUUGGAGAAGAUCUGCAAAGAGGAGUGGAACAAAAUCCCUCCUGAGAUGUGUGCAAACCUGGUGGCCAACUACUAGAAACGUCUGACCUCUGUGAUUGCCAACAAGGGUUUUGCCACCAAGUACUAAGUAAUGUUUUGCAGAUGGGUCAAAUACUUAUUUCCAUCAUUAAAAUGCAAAUCAAUUUAUAACAUUUUUGACAUGCGUUUUUCUGGAUUUUUUUGUUGUUAUUCUGUCUCUCACUGUUCAAAUAAACCUACCAUUAAAAUUAUAGACUGAUCAUGUCUUUGUCAGUGGGCAAAAGUACAAAAUCAGCAGGGGAUCAAAUACUUUUUUCCCUCACUGUAUCACAGGAUAAAAUGGUGGCUUUGCUCAUAAAAAUGAUUUGACCUUUAAAGUAUUUUGAUUAUAUUUUCUGGACACUAAUCCUCUCUGAUUCUGUUAAUGUUUUUGUCAUCUUCUUCUGCUGACAAUUUCCCUCCCUCUCAGCAACCUAGACAUGGACACACUCUCAGGUAAUUAUCCCUGACUCUUCACUUUUGUUAUUGACUGUGUGCUGUCAAAAUGCUCUCUCAAGAACUUUACUUUUUAAUCCCCUGUCUUUUACAGGAUUUUAAAUGUUAUAAAGCCCUACGUGUUUUAUGCCACUCAGUAUACAAGUAUUCAACAUUGUACCCGACAGCUCUGUAUCUCUACUCCCCAGAAUUCUUCUCUCCACACCUGGGGGAAUAUCUGAACGUCCUGUCUGCUCUGGAAAAGCUGAACGUCGCCAUCUUAAAGGCCAUGGACACAACUAAAGAGGUUUGUGGCCAAUACAGUACAGCAUGUUUAAAGGGAUAGUUCAGUGAAAUUACAUGUUGAGAUAUUUGUUUCCUUACCUCGAAAGCAGUCUAUGGACAAGGUGUGACUGCUAUCCAUACUUUGCUUUUGUUAAAAUGACCACGGCCAACAAAUGCUAAUAUUGCUGAACUAUCUCUUUAAGCUUUUACAUUAGAAUCAACUUUUAGUGGUAACUGCAGCUCUCAUAACUCAUUUGGUAAGAGAAACUCACUUGGCCGUCUCUUUCCAUUACAUUUUGCUGUUGUUAUAGCUUUUGCCGUCACACACGUUUCAUGUGUUGAUGUCUACUGAGAAUUUGAAGUAAACAGCAACACAAUAGCCAGUUUUGCCUUUAUUCGCUUAUGACAUUUAAACCACUUUUCCCCUGUAGGAUUUAGGGUAGGCUUUUGUUAGUGCCAUAAGCCUAUGAGAUCUCUCAGCUGUGAUGGUGAUAUGACAGUAUGGAAAGUGGAUAUGCACUACUUAGUCCUCUUGCUCUUUCUGUUUGAACACACUGAUGUGGCAUUUUAAAACGACAGGCUGAAAUACCCCUGCAGGGACCCCUCACUUACAUUUCAACUAUGACUCCAGUUCAGGUAUUUUCAUUGUAAACUUUGGAAUGAAAUGUGGUGUCGGUCUGAGGACCGACCUAUCUCUAGUUGGACAGGUGCUGUAAAUACGGUAGUCCUUUAAGCAAAAUUCCCUCCAAACCCAGCAAACAACUUCUGGUUGGUCAUUUCUGGCAUUUAUAACUACUCUCAGGGUCCAAGCAUAAAGUAAAGCAUAUAAAACCAUGGCUGUCUUCUCUGUCAGGGCAUUGCUUGCCAAUACGAGACAUCACUUCAAAGAUUCAUGCUUGGUUAUGAAGAAACCAGCUAAAAAGAGCAUUGGCAAGUGGUUUACAAUUUCUGAAAUUUAUUUUUGAUGUACAGUGCAUUCAGAAAGUGUUCAGACCCCUUCACUUUUUCAACAUUUUGUUACAGUACAGCCUUAUUCUAAAAUGGCUUACAAUACCCCAUAAUGAGAAAGUGAAAACAGGUUUUUAGAAAUGUUUGCUAAUUAUAAAAAAUAAAAAACAGAAAUACCUUGUUUACAUAAGUAUUCAGACCUUUUGCUAUGAGACUCGAAAUUGAGCUCAGGUGCAUCCUGUUUCCAAUGAUCAUCCUUGAGAUAUUUCUACAACUUGAUUGGAGUCCACCUGUGGUAAAUUCAAUUGAUUGGACAUUAUUUGGAAAGGCACACAUCAGUCUAUGUAAGGUCCCACAAUUGACAGUGCAUGUCAGAGCAAACACCAAGCCAUGAGGUCAAAGGAAUUGUCCGUAGAGCUCCGUGACAGGAUUUUGUCGAUGCACAGAUCUGGGGAAGGGUACAAAAAAAUUCUGCAGCAAUGAAGGUCCCCAAGAACACAGUGGCCUCCAUCAAUCUUAAAUGGAGGUGACCAAGAACCCAAUGGUCACUCUGACAGAGCUCCAGAGUUCCUCUGUGGAGAUGGGAGAACCUUCCAGAAGGUCAACCAUCUCUGCAGCACUCCACCAAUCAGGCCUUUAUGGUAGAGUUGCCAGACGGAAGCCAUUCCUCAGUAAAAGGCACAUGACAGCCAGCUUGGAGUUUGCCAAAAGGCACCAAAAGGAGUCUCAGACCAUGAGAAACAAGAUUCUAUGGUCUGAUGAAACCAAGAUUGAACUCUUUGGCCUAAAUGCCAAGCGUCACGUCUGGAGGAAACCUGGCACCAUCCCUAAAGUGAAGCAUGGUGGUGGCAGCAUGAUGCUGUGGGGAUGUUUUUCAGUGGCAGGGAUGGGGAGACUAGUCAGGAUCGAGGGAAAGAUGAACAGAGCAAAGUACAGAGAGGGGCGAAGGUUCACCUGCCAACAGGACAACGACACUAAGUACACAUCCAAGACAAUGCAGUAGUGGCUUCGAGACAAGUCUCUGAAUGUCCUUGAGUGGCCCAACCAGAGCCCGGACUUGAACCCGAUUUAAAAUCUCUGGAGACACCUAAAAAUAGCUGUGCAGCGACGCUCCCCAUCCAACCUGAGAGAGCUUGAGAGGAUCUGCAGAGAAGAAUGGGAGGAACUCCCCAAAUACAGGUGUGCCAAGCUUGUAGCGGCAUACCCAAGAAGACUCGAGGCUGUAAUCGCUGCCAAAGGUGCUUCAACAAAGUACUGAGUAAAGGGUCUGAUUACUUAUGUAAAUGUGAUAUUUCAGGUGUGUUUUUUGUAAAUAAAUGUGCAAAAAUUUCUAAAAACCUGUUUUUGCUUAAUUCAUUAUAGGUUAUUGUGUGUAGAUUGAUGAGGGGCAAAAAACUAUUAAAUCCAUUUUAGAAUAAGGCUGUAACGUAACAAAAUGUGGAAAAGGUGAAGGGGUCUGAAUACUUUCCGAAUGCACUGUAAAUGGCUUGAUCAAAUGAAUUUACAAACAUAACUCUUGAGAGUCCUGCCCAUCACCAACGUCUAAAAUCAAAUCAAACGCUGUGUGUGUCACUCUACACUCUCUCCUCCUCCACUGACGAUACUGUCUGCACACACUAGAGUAUCUAGCGUCCUGCCAGUGCAUUCGGAAAGUAUUCAGACCCCUUGACUUUUUAAAAUGGAUUAAAUAAAAACAUUUCCUCAUCAAUCUACACACAAUACCCCAUAAUGACAAAGCAAAAACUGGUUUUUAGAAAUUGACAUGAUUUGGAAAGGCACACACCUGUCUAUAUACAGUGAGGGAAAAAAGUAUUUGAUCCCCUGCUGAUUUUGUACGGUUGCCCACUGACAAAGAAAUGAUCAGUCUAUAAUUUUAAUGGUAGGUUUAUUUGAACAGUGAGAGACAGAAUAACAACAAAAAAAUCGAGAAACAAGCAUGUCAAAAAUGUUAUAAAUUGAAUUGCAUUUUAAUGAGGGAAAUAAGUAUUUGACCCCCUCUCAAUCAGAAAUAUUUCUGGCUCCCAGGUGUCUUUUAUACAGGUAACGAGCUGAGAUUAGGAGCACACUCUUGAAGGGAGUGCUCCUAAUCUCAGUUUGUUACCUGUAUAAAAGACACCUGUCCACAGAAGCAAUCAAUCAAUCAGAUUCCAAACUCUCCACCAUGGCCAAGACCAAAGAGCUCUCCAAGGAUGUCAGGGACAAGACUGUAGACCUACACAAGGCUGGAAUGGGCUACAAGACCAUCGCCAAGCAGCUUGGUGAGAAGGUGACAACAGUUGGUGCGAUUAUUCGCACAUGGAAUAAACACAAAAUAACUGUCAAUCUCCCUCGGCCUGGGGCUCCAUGCAAGAUCUCACCUCGUGGAGUUGCAAUGAUCAUGAGAACGGUGAGGAAUCAGCCCAGAACUACACGGGAGGAUCUUGUCAAUGAUCUCAAGACAGCUGGGACCAUAGUCACCAAGAAAACAAUUGGUAACACACUACGCCGUGAAGGACUGAAAUCCUGCAGCGCCCGCAAGGUCCCCCUGCUCAAGAAAGCACAUAUACAGGGCCGUCUGAAGUUUGCCAAUGAACAUGUGAAUGAUUCAGAGGAGAACUGGGUGAAAGUGUUGUGGUCAGAUGAGACCAAUAUCGAGCUCUUUGGCAUUAACUCAACUCGCCGUGUUUGGAGGAGGAGGAAUGCUGCCUAUGACCCCAAGAACACCAUCCCCACCGUCAAACAUGGAGGUGGAAACAUUAUGCUUUGGGGGUGUUUCUCUGCUAUGGGGACAGGACAACUUCACCGCAUCAAAGGGACGAUGGAUGGGGCCAUGUACCGUCAAAUCUUGGGUGAGAACCUCCUUCCCUCAGCCAGGGCAUUGAAAAUGGGUCGUGGAUGGGUAUUCCAGCAUGACAAUGACCCAAAACACACGGCCAAGGCAACAAAGGAGUGGCUCAAGAAGAAGACAUUAAGGUCCUGGAGUGGCCUAGCCAGUCUCCAGACCUUAAUCCCAAAGAAAAUCUGUGGAGGAAGCUGAAGGUUCGAGUUGCCAAACGUCAGCCUCAAAACAUUAAUGACUUGGAGAAGAUCUGCAAAGAGGAGUGGAACAAAAUCCCUCCUGAGAUGUGUGCAAACCUGGUGGCCAACUACAAGAAACGUCUGACCUCUGUGAUUGCCAACAAGGGUUUUGCCACCAAGUACUAAGUAAUGUUUUGCAGAGGGGUCAAAUACUUAUUUCCCUCAUUAAAAUGCAAAUCAAUUUAUAACAUUUUUGACAUGCGUUUUUCUGGAUUUUUUUGUUGUUAUUCUGUCUCUCACUUCAAAUAAACCUACCAUUAAAAUUAUAGACUGAUCAUGUCUUUGUCAGUGGGCAAAAGUACAAAAUCAGCAAGGGAUCAAAUACUUUUUUCCCUCACUGUAAGGUCCCAUUGUUGACAGUGCAUGUCAGAGCAAAAACCAAGCCAUGAGGUCUGAAUACUUUCCGAAUGCACUGUAUAUAUACUGAACAAAAAUAUAAAUGCAACAUGUAAAGUUUUGGUCCGAUGUUUCAUGAGCUAAAGUAAAAGAUCCCAGAAAUGUUCCAUAUGCACAAAAAGCUUAUUUCUCUCAAAUGUUGUUCACACAUUUGUGUACAUCCCUGUUAGUGAGCAUUUCUCCUUUGCCAAGAUAAUCCAUCCACCUGACAAGUGUAGCAUAUCAAGAAGCUAAUUAAACAGCAUGAUCAUUACACAGGUGCACCUUGUGCUGGGGACAACAAAAGGCCACUCUAAAAUGUGCAGUGUUGUCACACAACACAAUGCCACAGAUGUCUCAAUUUUUGGUGUGCUGACUGCAGGAAUGUCCACCAGAGCUGUUGCCAGAGAAUUUGAUGUUCAUUUCUCUACCAUAAGCCGCCUCCAAUGUCAUUUUAGAGAAUUUGGAAGUACGUCCAACCGGCCUCACAACCGCAAACCACGUGUAACCACGCCAUCCCAGGACCUCAACAUCUGGCUUCUUCACCUGCAGGAUCAUCUGAAACCACCCACCCGGACAGCUGAUGAAACAGUGGGUUUGCACAAUCGAAGGAUUUCUGCAGUUUCAAUUGUUUCAACUGUAUCGGGCAGAUGGCAGACAGCGUGUCUGGCGUCGUCUGGGUUUGCCAAUGUCAACGUUGUGAACAGAGUGCCCCAUGGUGGCGGUGGGGUUCUAGUAUGGGCAGGCAUAAGCUAUGGACAACAAACACAAUUGCAUUUAAUCGAUGGCAAUUUGAAUGCACAGAGAUACCGUGAUGAGAUCCUGAGGCCCAUUUCAUCCACCGCCAUUACCUCAUGUUUCAGCAUGAUAAUGCACGGCCCCAUGUCGCAAGGAUCUGUACACAAUUCCUGGAAGCUGAAAAUGUCCCAGUUCUUCCAUGGCCUGCAUACUCACCAUACAUGUCACCCAUUGAGCAUGUUUGAGAUGCUCUGGAUCGACGUGUACGACAGCGUGUUCCAGUUCCCGCCAAUAUCCAGCAACUUCGCACAGCCAUUGAAGAGGAGUGGGACAACAUUCCACAGGCCACAAUCAACAGCCUGAACAACUCUAUGUGAAGGAGAUGUGUUGCGCUGCAUGAGGCAAAUGGUGGUCACUCCAGAUACUGACUGGUUUUCUGAUCCAUGCCCCUACUUUUUUUUAAAGGUAUCUGUGACCAACAGAUGCGUAUCUGUAUUCCCAGUCAUGUGAAAUCCAUAGAUUAGGGCCUAAUGAAUUCAUUUCAAUUGACUGAUUUUGUUAUAUGAACUGUAACUCCGUAAAAUCUUUGAAAUUGUUGCAUGCUGCGUUUAUAUUUUUAUUAAGUGUAUUUGCUCCGUGGUGCACAUUGGAAGGAACCACUUACUAGGGAGAAUAGUAAGUGGUUCCACUGACAGAUAUUUCUUGAAAUUAUUAUGAUAAAACAUGAGCUUAAAAAUCAAGUGUAGUAAUUAUUUUAACAUCUGAAUAUUGUAUUAAAAAAAAUAUCUGAUGGGGCACGUGCCCUUGUGUCCCCUAUGGGCAUGACACCAUUGAAUAUAACGUUGUGGAUAAAGUUUAGAAUUACACAAUUUCAUAUCUACAACAUCUAAAGGCCUACAUCACUAUACUGAGAGCAUGUCUGUUUCUAAAAGGACGUAUUUGGUUUCUUUGGGAGCCUUUGUUAAUGUAUUUUGGUCACCCCCACAGUACACAACGAGCAAUGAGGAAGUUUAUUGCAGCUGGGGUAAGUUUCUCGAAAACAAGUGAAAUCACAAAAAAAAGUGUCUGCACCCUUCUAUAACUGCCAUUUACAUAAAAAUAGAGAUUCCCUUCAGAAAAAGUAAACCACUCCUUUAAGACAUGAAAGCAGAACGGUGUUAAUUUGGUGUGAUCUAUAGAGAUAUCCUGCUCAUAGCACAUACAGAGGCAGACUGGAGCACUGGAUGAUAAUGAGAUUAUUGUUUUGAUAAACAUGGUGUUCAGAUCAAAGAACCUGCCAUAAAAUGAAAUCGAUAACAUGCUUAAGCUUCAUCAGUCUAAUCCUUGAUGUUGGGAUCAGGCUAAUCUGUGGUGUGGAUGGAUGCAGAUGGAACAUUAUUGAUUGGUCUAUGCUAUGCUGUGAAUCCCAAUCCCCACUAUUUGUGUCGAAAUUGCUAUACAGAUGUAGGAUUUUAAUUUGAUCCGUUUUUCACAGCAUGAAAAUAAAGUGGAAAUUACAAAUUUAAGAAACUUCGGAAAGGUAUAAUCUUGAGCGGAGGGAGCAUAGAUGGAACAGCCAGGCAGGGAGGUAGAAACAUCCCACUGGGCACAAACUGGUUGAAUCAACGUUGUUUCAAUGAAAUUUGUCAACGUAUUGUGAUGUGGAAUCUAUGUGGAAAAUACAUUGGAUUUGAAAAAAGUAAUCAACUGUUGUUUUGAGGGUGAAAUUUCAACCACAGGAUUACGUCAUCUUGGCAACCAAUUUUCAACAUUGAAAACCUUGUAUAAAAUGUUGAAGUUUUACCUUUGAAACAACGUCAGAUCUUCAACGUUAUAUCCACUAUCUGAAAAAACAAUAGGUUGCGCCCUGCUUAGCUUUGAUAUCUGUCACUGACUACUACCAAAGUGCUAUCUUGGGAUGAUUAUUGAGAGAGCUCUUAAUAACUCAAUAGAUUCCCCGUUGCUAUCGAAGUUAUUCCAAAGGGUAGAUUUAACAGAGCAAAUUAAAUGUAACCAUACAUUAUAAGUCAUGUAUCAUUAAUAUUUAGGCCUGUAUGGCAUUUGUGAAGCCAUCAACAGCUAUUGUUUAAUUUCAACCCAGGGUUCAACUAAAAAUAGAAAUUACAUAUAGGCCUAGGGUUUCAAGCUUUGGUUGAUUUGAAAUGUUAUCUUCAAGUUGUUAAUUCAUAUGUUAGAUUCACGUCUCCAUCUAAACCAAAAAGUUAAAGAAUAGGACUAAAUCAAAUAAAACUUUAUUUAAAGUGCAUUUAAAGUUUGAUUUGAUUUAGUCCUAUUCUUUAACUUUGAUUUUUGAUUGAGAUGGAGAUGUGAAUCCAACAUAUAAAUUAUUAAUCUGUAGACAAACUGGAUAUUGAAUUGUGUUUGGUUGUCAACGCAACAAAUGUCAAUAUUUGAAGAUAUAUCUUCUGCAAAAUAGUUCCAUCUGUGCCACUGACUUAGUCUGGCUUUAAUUCCAGUUUUCUACAAAUUAAUAAUUGAUAUGUUGGAUUCACUUCUCCAUCGCAACUGAAAAUCAAAGUUAAAGAGUAGGACUAAAUCAAAUCAAUUAUUCUUUAAAGGUGCUACGCAUUGUAAUUUCAGAAAAUGUCCAUAAUAUACACUACAUGACCAAAAGUAUGUGGAUAACUGCUCAUCAAACAUCUCAUUCCAAAAUCAUGGGCAUUAAUAUGGAGUUUGUCCCCACUUUGCUGCUAUAACAGCCUCUACUCUUCUGGGAAGGCUUUCCACUAGAUGUUGGAACAUUGCUGCAGGGACUUGCUUCCAUUCAGCCACAAGAGCAUUAGUGAGGUCGGGCACUGAUAUUGGGCCAUUAGGCCUGGCUCCGAUUCAUCCCAAAGGUGUUCGAUGGGGUUGAGGUCAGGGCUCUGUGCAGGCCAGUAAAGUUCUUCCACACCAAUCUCGACAAACCAUUUCUGUAUGGACCUCGCUUUGUGCACGGGGGCAUUGUCAUGCUGGAACAGGAAAGGGCCUUCCCCAAACUGUUGCCACAAAGUUGAAAGCACAGAAUCGUCUAGAAUGUCAUUGUAUUCUGUAGCAUUAAGAUUUCCCUUCAAUGGAACUAAGGGGUCUAGCCCGAACCAUGAAAAACAGCCCCAGACCAUUAUUCCUCCUCCACCAAACUUUACAGUUGGCACUAUGCAUUGGGGCAGGUAGCGUUCUCCUGGCAUCCGCCAAACCCAGAUUCAUCCGUCGGACUGCCAGAGGGUGAAGCAUGAUUCAUCACUCCAGAGUCCAAUGGCGGCGAGCUUUACACCACUCCAGCCGACACUUGGUGAUUUUAGGCUUGUGUGCGGCUGCUCGGCCAUGGACAACCAUUUCAUGAAGCUCCCGAUGAACAGUUCUUGUGCUGACGUUGCUUCCAGAGGCAGUUUGGAACUCGGUAGUGAGUGUUGCAACUGAGGACAGACGAUUUUUACGCGCUACUUGCUUCAGCAUUCGGCGUCCCGUUCUGUGAGCUUGUGUGGCCUACCACUUCGCGGCUGAGCCAUUGUUGCUCCUAGAUGUUGCCACUUCACAAUAACAGCAUUUACAGUUGACCGGGCAGCUUUAGCAGGGCAGAAAUUUGACGGACUGACUUGUUGGAAAGGUGGCAUCCUAUGAUGGUGCCACAUUGAAAGUCACUGAGCUCUUCAUAAGGCCAUUCUACUGCCAAUGUUUGUCUGUGGAGAUUUCAUGGCUGUGUGCUCGAUUUUAUACACCAGUCAACAACGGGUGGGGCUGAAAUAGCUGAAUCCACUAUUUUGAAGGGGUGUCCACAUACUUUUGUAUAUAUACUGUAUCUGGCGCUAAUAGUGGAAGGAUAGUGUUUCACAGUAUUACUUACCCACCAGUGUUGUGAUUGGCUGUGAUAUUCGCCUAUUGAUUUCUCCCGCCGAAGCGGCAUCUGUUGUCAAAAUGUUCUGACUUAGUGGAUGUGUUAUCUAGUGGAAAUCGCUCUGUCAUUCCUGGUUGCAAAAAUUCUACACUGUUCGCUCAAUUUCAGUUGAUGUGACAAAACAAUGGAAUCAUUGUACCAUCUAAAUCGCUGUGAAACAUAUUAUCCAUAACAAAACAUUGUGUUUUUACAGCUGUUUGAAGUUGGUGGACCAAAACUGAAAGUUACAAGUUACUUUCAGUUUUGGCCCACCAGCUUCAACCAGCGGUUUUGGUCCAUCAGCUCCAACAGUUGAAAAAACAAUAUUUUUUGCUAUAAAAAAUAUAUUUCACAGCAAUUUAGAUGGUACAAUGAUUACCUACACUAGUCAGUGCUUAUUUUCUCACAUAAACCUAAAUUGAGCGAACAGUGUAGAAUUCUUGCAACCAGGAAGUGAUUUCCACUAGAUAACACGGCCACAGUCAGAAGAGCUUUCACAUUUUGACAACAGAUGCCGCUCCGGCGGGAGAAUAGGCGAAUAUAACAGCCAAUCACAACACUGGCGGGUAAGUAAUACUGUGAAACACUAUCAUUCCAGUAUUACUGAAGAUACUGUAUAUUAUGGACAUUUUCUGAAAUUACAAUGCAACAUUUCAACAACAACAAAAUCCUCUGUAGCACCUUUAACUUAUAUUUUUGGUUGAGAUGGAGACGUGAAUCCAACGUAUCAAUUAUUAAUUUGUAGACAAACUGGAAUUAAAGCCAGACUAAGUCAGGGGCACAAAAGAUACAUCUCCUUCAAAUGUUGAUAUUUUGUUGCGUUGAAAAUCAAACACAAUUCAAUAUCGCUUUUGUAAUAAAUGAAAUAGCCUAAAGUUAAAGCUAUCUUACAAACUAAUGUAACUUAAAGUGAGUGAGUGGCGCAGUGGUCUAAGGCGCCGCAUCGCAGUGCUAACUGUGCCACUAGAGAUCCUGGUUCGAAUCCAGGCUCUGUCGCAGCCGGCCGCGACCGGGAGACUCAUGGGCGGCGCACAAUUGGCCCAGGGUAGGGGAGGGAAUGGCCGGCAGGGAUGUAGCUCAGUUGAUAGAGCAUGGCGUUUGCAACGCCAGGGUUGUGGGUUCGAUUCCCACGGGGGGCCAGUAUAAAAAAUAAAAAAUAAAAUAAAAAAAUGUAUUCACUAACUGUAAGUCGCUCUGGAUAAGAUGUAGCGAAUGGUGGUAACGUCAGAUACUGACUGGUUUUCUAGGGGCGUGGUGAUCCACGCCCCUACCUUUCUGUUUAAAGUAUCUGUGACCAACAGAUGCGUAUCUGUAUUCCCAGUUAUGUGAAAUCCAUAGAUUAGGCCCUAAUGAGUUUAUUUCAAUUGACAGAUUUCCUUAUAUGAACUGUAACUCAGUAAAAUCUUUUAAAUUGUUGCAUGUUGCGUUUAUAUUUUUGUUCAGUGAAUAUAAGCUAAACAGACUUGCCAUAAUCAGUCUUGCAAUUCCGUGAAUCACCACCCAAUGUUUCAGUUAAUCUCUCAAGAAGUUAUCAAAAACCAAAAAAGUAAAAAAAACGCUUUAAGAGGCACAAUGCAGAAAUUGCUCCGCCAUUUCCUGGUUGCUAAAAUUCGAAUCGUUCGCCUAAUUUCAAGUAUCGUGUAGUGAAUCAUUGUACCAUCUAAACCGCUGUGAAAUGUCCUCUGUAGCUCAGUUGGUAGAGCAUGGCUCUUACAACGCCAGGGUUGUGGGUUCGUUUCCCACGGGGGGCCAGUAUGAAAAUGUAUGCACUCACUAACUGUAAGUCGCUCUGGAUGAGAGCGUCUGCUAAAUGACUAAAAUGUAAAUGUAAAUGUAAAAUAUAUUUUCCAUAAACAAAAAUAUUGCAUUUUCAGCUGUUUGAAGCUGGUAUACAAAACCGAAAGUCAAAGACGGGAAGCAUAGAAAUAGCGCACAUAGAACAUAUCUACCGCUUCUUAGACUUGCUUUCAAUGUGUCACGUUCGUUGAAGGACGGGUCAGACCAAGGCGCAGCGUGAUAUACGUACAUGUUUAUUUACUCGCACCAGACCAGUGGUGCGUUUGUCCAGUCCGGCACAACUGUGAGAGACUGAAUCUAAAACAAAAAUCCAGAAAAUCACAUUGUAUGAUUUUUAAGUAAUUCAUUUGCAUUUUAUUGCAUGACAUAAGUAUUUGAUACAUCAGAAAAGCAGAACUUAAUAUUUGGUACAGAAACCUUUGUUUGCAAUUACAGAGAUCAUACGUUUCCUGUAGGUCUUGACCAGGUUUGCACAGACUGCAGCAGGGAUUUUGGCCCACUCCUCCACACAGACCUUCUCCAGAUCCUUCAGGUUUCGGGGCUGUCGCUGGGCAAUACGGACUUUCAGCUCCCUCCAAAGAUUUUGUAUUGGGUUCAGGUCUGGAGACUGGCUAGGCCACUCCAGGACCUUGAGAUGCUUCUUACGGAGCCACUCCUUAGUUGCCCUGGCUGUGUGUUUCGGGUCGAUGUCAUGCUGGAAGACCCAGCCACGACCCAUCUUCAAUGCUCUUACUGAGGGAAGGAGGUUGUUGGCCAAGAUCUCGCGAUACAUGGCCCCAUCCAUCCUCUCCUCAAUACGGUGCAGUCGUCCUGUCCCCUUUGCAGAAAAGCAUCCCCAAAGAAUGAUGUUUCCACCUCCAUGCUUCACGGUUGGGAUGGUGUUCUUGGGGUUGUACUCAUCCUUCUUCUUCCUCCAAACACGGCGAGUGGAGUUUAGACCAAAAAGCUUUAUUUUUGUCUCAUCAGACCACAUGACCUUCUCCCAUUCCUCCUCUGGAUCAUCCAGAUGGUCAUUGGCAAACUUCAGACGGGCCUGGACAUGCGCUGGCUUGAGCAGAGGGACCUUGCGUGCGCUGCAGGAUUUUAAUCCAUGACGGCGUAGGGUGUUACUAAUGGUUUUCUUUGAGACUGUGGCCCCAGCUCUCUUCUGGUCAUUGAUCAGGUCCUGCCGUGUAGUUCUGGGCUGAUCCCUCACCUUCCUCAUGAUCAUUGAUGCCCCACGAGGUGAGAUCUUGCAUGGAGCCCCAGACCGAGGGUGAUUGACCGUCAUCUUGAACUUCUUCCAUUUUCUAAUUAUUGUGCCAACAGUUGUUGCCUUCUCACCAAGCUGCUUGCCUAUUGUCCUGUAGCCCAUCCCAGCCUUGUGCAGGUCUACAAUUGUAUCCCUGAUGUCCUUGCACAGCUCUCUGGUCUUGGCCAUUGUGGAGAGGUUGGAGUCUGUUUGAUUGAGUAUGUGGACAGGUGUCUUUUAUACAGGUAACGAGUUCAAACAGGUGCAGUUAAUACAAGUAAUGAGUGGAGAACAGGAGGGCUUCUUAAAGAAAAACUAACAGGUCUGUGAGACCCGGAAUUCUUACUGGUUGGUAGGUGAUCAAAUACUUAUGUCAUGCAAUAAAAUGCAAAUUAAUUACUUAAAAAUCAUACAAUGUGAUUUUCUGGAUUUUUGUUUUAGAUUCCGUCUCUCACAGUUGAAGUGUACCUAUGAUAAAAAUUACAGACCUCUACAUGCUUUGUAAGUAGGGAAACCUGCAAAAUCGGCAGUGUAUCAAAUACUUGUUCUCCCCACUGUACAUGUUUAUUUACACUGAAUAAACACCAUGACAAAACAACAAAGGAAACGAAACAUGAAGUCCAAGGUAGAACACACAACAUACCUUACAAGGAACAAGAUCCCACAACUAAACAGUGCCAAUAGGCUGCCUAAGUAUGGUCCCCAAUCAGAGACAACGAGUGACAGCUGCCUCUGAUUGGGAACCACACCGGCCAACAUAGAUCCAUACAUACUAGAUCCUAUACAUAGAACUACACAACCUAGAAUAUACACACCCUGACUCAACAUAUAAGAGUCCCCUGAGUCAGGGCGUGACACAAUGAGAAUGACAGAUCUAUAACACACAUUUCUAUGUGAAUUUGGUCGGGUGCCCAAAAAGUUACAUAUUGCAGCUUGAAAAACAAAAUAUGUAUAAUAUUUACAGAUCUUUCUGCCAGGGUUGCCAGGUCUUGCUAACAUUUCUAGCCCAAUGACCACUCAAAACCUACCCACAAGGCUUGAAAAGUAGCCCCAUUUUUUGGGGUCGCAGCAAGAGAUGUGUUGCCACAUUUACAACUGGUAAAAUCACUUUAAGACGUAUGUUUUUUUUUCUCCAGAAAACAUUAUUGUGAAAUGGUGUUCAUACAAUGUUAAACAUUGUUAAAUAAGGAUAAUACAAGUCACAUUACUCCAAAAUAAUAAUAUUUUCAACUGGAGUAUAAAAAUCGAUAAGCCCCAACAGUUUGCUUUUUGGCUUCUUUUUGUCCCAGUCAUCAAUCCCUCUGGAGCAAGAAGGAAAGGAAAGAGAGAGAGAGGAGAUCCAUCAUGAGUCCAGUACAUCAAGAGAGUUUUAUUCUACUAUUAAUCAAUCACUACUAUAAUUUGAAAGUAAGUAAUGGAAUUAAUUGGUUCCUCUCUGUCCUCACCACUGCACCACUGCACCACUCUCUCUCUCCUCUGACUUCAACUUUCUGGCCAAUGUUAGCUAGCUACGGGGCUCGAGACUUUUUUCAUCACCGUACCAGAAUCGUCUCGAAGUGCAAUUUAAAACGUCCCAAAUUGCAGAUUAACUGUCCCAAAUUAAAAUUUGGUGUGAAAACCGCAAUGCCAUGGCAACCACAGAACUAGUAGAACUGCACCAGAGCUACACGGCGCCAUGGCAACCACAUAACUAUUAGAAAUGCACCAGAGCUACUCAGCUGUUCUCCCCAUCUCCCCUUCUCUCUCCAUAUCUAUUUCUUUCUACCUCUUUCACACAGUCCCUCUUCGCCUUUUCCAUUCUGUCAUUAAUCUGCCCAACAUCAGUUUUGAUUCACUCAAGGAGAGGUUAUUGCCUGAAGGGCUGUACUGAGAUCAGAUUUGCCUUCCCUAGUCCUAGCCUUGACUAUUGCUUAUUCAAAAACAAACUGGCCUUGGAGCAUAAGAGCUUGAGUACAACUCCUAUCAACAUUCCUCUUUAUAUCUCAGAAGUGAUGUCAAUAAGUCCCCUCUCGGGACACUAAAGUGGGGGUGAAUAUCUGUGUCGCUCUACAGCCAUGGUUCUGAUAACAUUCAAUCCAAUUCAAACAUUUCAACAGUCCUGGGCACAUUAUUCAAAAAGUGUCAGAGUAAGAAUGCCGAUUUAGGAUUACGUCCCCCCCUGUCCAUACAAUCAUAUUCAGUAUGAUCUAAAAGGUAAAACUGGUCCUAUAUCAGCACUCCUACUCUGAUCUUAUAGAAAUUGGAGCAUGCAUUUUUAUCCAUGUCUAUAAUUAUGUUCUCUCUUCCAGUGGAGUGCUGAGAUAAAAAUAUAAAAAAUAAAUAAAAAACUAUUUUCAACAGAAAUUCUCAACUCUGGCUUUCUGUCGAGAAGAGAAAGGAAGUAAAACGAAAAUAGAAUAGUGUUCAUUAUUCAUGAAGUGUUCAGCACACUGGGAGGGAGCAGGAAAACAUUGGAGAGGAGGGAAUGAAGGAAUACAAUAAACUGUUUCCAUAGGUUGCAAUUUUUCAAAAUACAGCACACUUUCAAGGCUUUGCACACUCAAUUUCGAUAACUUAAUUUCAUAGGGCCAUUGGGGCUUUUUCAGUACUAACAAAAAUGUAACUGAAAAAAAUGAAACUGAAUCAUAAAGAGAUCAGUGCGAACACAGCAGGCUUUCUCAGCUACUAUAAAUCAGGGUCCUCCAAUGAAAUGAUGAGUGCAGUAAAACAAAACAAAAGGAUCAUUAACAAUAUUUUUACCAUCAUGUUACUUGUCACACACCAUUACACAUGGCACCUGCCACUGUAACAUGUUAACCUUUAGCACAUUUAAGAUCAAUUUAGCAAAUUAUUGGUGUGUGAAAUUCCUCAAAGUCACACAGGCUGGGAUUCGGUCUAGUGCCGAUAGAAGAUUUCCGGAUAGUGCUGUCAGAAGUGAAUGCAAUUGAUUUGCACAGCAGCAUGUCCUGGGUGGAGGGUAUACACUGAGUGGACAAAACAUUAGGAACAUCUGACAUAGACUGACCAGGUGAAUCCAGGUGAAGGCUAUGAUCCCUUAUUGAUGUCACUUGUUAAAUCCACUUCAAUCAGUGUAGAAGGGGAGGAGGGUUACAUAGAGGUUACAUGGUUUACAUGGAGGAAAUUGGACCUCUCUGAAAAGAAAAUGGUUGACCCUCCAUUCAACAAAAUAUAUUUUACCUAAACCCUCCCUGAACGCUUGAAAAAAAACAAGUGACCCUCCACUAUACCAAAAAUAAUAAUUUAAAACCAAGUGGAUCGCAGAGAACAUGUCUACCGUUUAUCCUGACUUCUUGGACAGACCAGAGCUUUAGAUAUGCAGUUUUAGAAACUGUUCUUCGUCCUGUAAGCGUUACAUGGCAACGCGGGAAUUUUGAUAGCGCACAGGGCUGCGGGCCAGAAGGCUGUGGGUUCGCAGACCACCGUGGACAAGAGUAGGGGUGGAAAGAUCUACAGUUGAAGUUUACAUACACCUUAGCCAAAUACAUUUAAACUCAGUUUUUCACAAUUCCUGACAUUUAAUCCUAGUAAAAAUUCCCUGUCUUAGGUCAGUUAGGAUCACCACUUUAUUUUAAGAAUGUGAAAUGUCAGAAUAAUACUAGAGAGAAUGAUUUAUUUCAGCUUUUAUUUCUUUCAUCACAUUCCUAGUUUGUCAAAAGUUUACAUACACUCAAUUAGUAUUUGGUAGCAUUGCCUUUAAAUUGUUUAACUUGGGUCAAACGUUUUGGGUAGCCUUCCACAAGCUUCCCACAAUAAGUUGGGUGAGUUUUGGCCCAUUCCUCCUGACAGAGCUGGUGUAACUGAGUCAGGUUUGUAGGCCUCCUUGCUCGCACACGCUUUUUCAGUUCUGCCCACAAAUGUUCUAUAGGAUUGAGGUCAGGGUUUUGUGAUGGCCACUCCAAUACCUUGACUUUGUUGUCCUUAAGCCAUUUUGGCACAACUUUGGAAAUAUGCUUGGAGUCAUUGUCCAUUUGGAAGACCCAUUUGCGACCAAGCUUUAACUUCCUGACUGAUGUCUUGAGAUGUUGCUUCAAUAUAUCCACAUAAUUUUCCUUCCUCAUGAUGCUAUCUAUUUUGUGAAGUGCACCAGUCCCUCCUGCAGCAAAGCACCCCCACAGCAUGAUGCUGCCACCCCCGUGCCUCACGGUUGGGAUGCUGUUCUUCGGCAUGCAAGCCAUCACCUUUUUCCUCCAAACAUAACGAUGGUCAUUAUGGCCAAACAGUUCUAUUUUUGUUUAAUCAGACCAGAGGACAUUUCUCAAAAAAGUAAGAUCUUUGUCCCCAUGUGCAGUUGCAAACCGUAGUCUGGCUUUUAUAUGUCAGUUUUGGAGCAGUGGCUUCUUCCUUGCUGAGCGGCCUUUCAGGUUAUGUCGAUAUAGGACUCGUUUUACUGUGGAUAUAGAUACUUUUGUACCUGUUUCCUCCAGCAUCUUCACAAGGUCCUUUGCUGUUGUUCUGGGAUUGAUUUGCACUUUUCGCACCAAAGUACGUUCAUCUUUAGGAGACAGAACGCGUCUCCUUCCUGAGCGGUAUGACGGCUGCGUGGUCCCAUGGUGUUUAUACUUGCGUACUAUUGUUCGUACAGAUGAACGUGGUACCUUCAGGCGUUUGGAAAUUGCUCCCAAGGAUGAACCAGACUUGUGGAGUUCUACAAUUGUUUUUCUGAAGUCUUGGCUGAUUUCUUUAAAUUUUCCCAUGAUGUCAAGCAAAGAUGCACUGAGUUUGAAGGUAGGCCUUGAAAUACAUCCACAGGUACACCUCCAAUUGACUCAAAUGAUGUCAAUUAGCCUAUCAGAAGCUUCUAAAGCCAUUUUCUGGAAUAUUCCAAGCUGUUUAAAGGCACAGUCAACUUAGUGUAUGUAAACUUCUGACCCACUGGAAUUGUGAUACAGUGAAUUAUAAGUGAAAUAAUCUGUCUGUAAACAAUUGUUGGAAAAAUUACUUGUGUCAUGCACAAAGUGUCCUAACUGUCACGAUCGUCAUAAUGAUUGGACCAAGGCGCAGCGUGAUAUGCGUACAUCUUUUUAAUAGUGUACUGGCAACACGAUACAAAAUACAAAACAACCAAACGAAACGUGAAGUCCUCGGUUAACAACACAAACCAACACGGAACAAGAUCCCACAAAACACAAGUGCACAACAGGCUGCCUAAGUAUGGUUCUCAAUCAGAGACAACAAGCAACAGCUGAUUCACGUUGCCUCUGAUUGAGAACCACCCCGGCCAACAUAGAAACACAUAACCUAGAACAGAACAUAGAAAACAAAAAAUAGACACUACACAAAGAAACUAACACCCUGGCUCAACAUACAAGAGUCCCCAGAGCCAGGGCGUGACAGUACCCCCCCCCCCCCCCCCCCCCCAAAGGCGCGGACUGCGACCGCGCCAACAUAAACCCAACAGGGGAGGGGCCAGGUGUGCAUUCCGCCUCGGAGGCGGAUCCGGCUCCGGGCGUGACCACCACCCUCUAACAACCCCCCCGUAGCGCCCCUGGUCUGGUCCCGCUGGCUGGAGCUGGACUGGACAUCGGUGGAGCGGAUUGCUUAGUCUCCGGUGUGGAGCAGCUGACCGGUACCUGACCAGGCACCGGUGAAACAGGCACGGGCUGUGCCGGACUGACGACGCGCACCACAGGCUUGGUGCGGGGAGCAGGGACGGGCCGGACCGGGCUGGCGACGCGCACCACAGGCUUGGUGCGGGGAGCAGGAACGGGCCGGACCGGGCUGACAUCGCGCACCACUGGCUUGGUGCGGGGAGCAGGAACGGGCCGGACCGGGCUGACGUCGCGCACCACUGGCUUGGUGCGGGGAGCAGGAACGGGCCAGGCCGUGCUGACGACGCGCACCACAGGCUUGGUGCGGGGAGCAGGAACGGGCCGGACCGGGCUGACGUCGCGCACCACUGGCUUGGUGCGGGGAGCAGGAACGGGCCGGACCGGGCUGACGACGCGCACCACAGGCUUGGUGCGGGGAGCAGGAACAGGCCGGGCCGGGCUGGCGACGCGCACCACAGGCUUGGUGCGGGGAGCAGGAACAGGCCGGGCCGGGCUGGCGACGCGCACCAUUGGCUUGGUGCGGGGAGCAGGGACGGGCCGGGCCGGGCCGGGCUGGCGACGCGCACCAUUGGCUUGGUGCGGGGAGCAGGAACGGGCCGGGCCGGGCUGACGACGCGCACCAUUGGCUUGGUGCGAGGGGCAGGAUCAGGCCGGACCGGGCUGGCGACGCGCACCAUUGGCUUGGUGCGAGGGGCAGGAUCAGGCCGGACCGGGCUGGCGACGCGCACCAUUGGCUUGGUGCGAGGGGCAGGAUCAGGCCGGGCCGGGCUGGCGACGCGCACCAUUGGCUUGGUGCGGGAAGCAGGAACGGGCCGGGCCGGGCUGGCGACGCGCACCAUUGGCUUGGUGCGAGGAGCAGGAACAGGCCGGGCGGGCUGGCGACGCGCACCAUUGGCUUGGUGCGAGGGGCAGGAACAGGCCGGGCCGGGCUGGCGACGCGCACCAUAGGCUUGGUGCGAGGGGCAGGAACAGGCCGGGCCGGGCUAGCGACGCGCACCACAGGCUUGGUGCGAGGGGCAGGAACAGUCCGGGCCGGGCUGGCGACGCGCAUCACAGGCUUGGUGCGAGGGACAGGAACAGGCCGGACCGUACUGGGAACACACACCACUGGCCUUGUGUGGGGAUCAGGAACGGGCCGGACCGGACUGGUAACACACCUCAGUACCUCUCGCCGUGCCUCUACACUCUCCUUCCCUCUACUGACCAAUGGCCCCCGUAACCUGGUGCCCUUCUCUCCUUGUCCACAAACUCACCCUUUAUCUGUCUCCAGCAGCCCCGUCGUCCAUGCCGUGUGCCCCCCCAAAUUUUUUUUAUUGGGGCUGCCUCUCGCCUGUCCGACGAUGGCCAACCGGCGCCGCUUCUCCUCUCCUGCCUGGGUCUCCCCCUUCAUCGCCCUCCGGUAACGGACGGCCUCCUCCUCCGUGAUCUGCCCCCAACCGAGGAGGACAUCCACUAACGUUACCUCCGGCGUUUGCUCCUGGACACGCUCCUGGACACACUGCUUGGUCCUGUAUUGGUGGGAUCUUCUGUCACGAUCGUCAUAAUGAUAUGCGUACAUCUUUUUAAUAGUGUACUGGCAACACGAUACAAAAUACAAAACAACCAAACGAAACGUGAAGUCCUCGGUUAACAACACAAACCAACACGGAACAAGAUCCCACAAAACACAAGUGCACAACAGGCUGCCUAAGUAUGGGUCCCAAUCAGAGACAACAAGCAACAGCUGAUUCACGUUGCCUCUGAUUGAGAACCACCCCGGCCAACAUAGAAACACAUAACCUAGAACAGAACAUAGAAAACGAAACAUAGACACUACACAAAGAAACGAACACCCUGGCUCAACAUACAAGAGUCCCCAGAGCCAGGGCGUGACACUAACCGACUUUCCAAAAUUAUAGUUUGUUAACAAUAAAUUUGUGGAGUGGUUGAAAAACGAGUUUUAAUGACUCCUCUUAGUGUAUGUAAACUUCCGACUUCAACUGUAUAUACUAAAAGCAUUGCAUGAAUCUAUCAUCGUAUUUGUAGGUCAGAGAAAAAAAAAGCCUUUUUAUAAACAUUUCAUGCAAUUCUACGUAAUUUUACAUAUUAGCGGAAUAUUUUUUUAAUACCACACAAAUUACCGAAAUGAUAGGCUAAGAUAAGCCUAUGUGUUCAUCUUAUCAUAUUUCUCCAAUGCCAAAUCAGUGUGUCUUGUUUGCAAAUAAUUACAUCUGAGACGUCAUUAGGAAUCUGAGCAUGGUACUUUCAAAAGUUAGGCCUAACUUUCCACCCCAGACAGGGUAGGCCUACCGACACAAAACAAUUUAAGCUUUAACUGCCAGCUACUCUUCUUCCGUGGCUUAACCCAACGAGAGAAGGUCACAAGUGUUUCCCUAAAAGCUGUCUGGGUUUAAACAUCUUCUAUUGUACAGAAAGUGAGUAGCUUAAUCAAUUGAUAGUGACAGAAUUAGAUUACGUCCCAAGCAAAGUCAGCCUCUGAAUGUCGUAGAAACAAAACAUUGAAAUCCCGGGUAUUUUACGGCUUGUUUCUAACAUAAAGCAUUGCGGACAAAAGCGCUGUUAUAUAUCACUUUAUAUAAUCAGAUCCGUAUUUUUUUUUCUAAAUCUUAAGCUAACAAGGAGUAGGCCUGUGCAUUUUGCCAUUUUCUUUGAUAAAAGGUAAGCCUAUGGCAUACCCUUUCAUACCCCCUCAAUUCGAGUCUAGAUUUUAACUUAACAGCCCUUCACUGACACAGAGGUAGGCUAUUUAAAGAGUGCAUGAUGGGUGGAGGAAUUGACCGACAAAUCUUUGGAUAUAGCAGCCUAUAGCCUAAUUUAAUCUGUGAAACAGGUAGGCCUACCUCUUAUUUCUUAAAUAGGAGAAAUAGGCUCUAACACAAAUCCCUCGUUGUUAGUAAAAUGUCCAAUUAAAAUGAAGACGGUUUAAAUGAAUCAUGCCUACUCGAAUUUGCCUACUUUCAGCACCAUGAGCUGUCCAUUUCCUUUUUCUAUUUUGUAUUCUUUUUUGAACAAAUUAUAUUUUACCCCCUUUUUCUCCCUAAUUUGGGGAUAUCCAAUUGUUAGUUACGAUCUUGUCUCAUCACUGCAACUCCCCAACGGAGUCGGGGAGCUGUCCAUUUCCGAUUGAUUUUGCUGUGGCUGCUGCUUCAAGUUUCAGCACCACAAUGUAAAUUACUUAAAUCUGGCUUAUUGUGAGGUCAAUAACUCUGAUAAAUACAUCAUGAGCAAGAAACAUAUUGUUUUUAAUAAAAUCAAUGAUAGUAGUAGUAGUGGUGGUGGUAGUAGUCCUUCUCAUCUUUACACUCUCCUUCUCACACUGAACAGAACAUAGGCUAUAGGCUAGUCCGUGCGCAAGAUAGUGAAUUUUUCGGACUAGGCCUAAUCAACAAUAACAAAUCUACACAGCACAGCCAUUGGUUAAGCAGCACACCAAAAAGUUAGAAUAUCCAUUGCAAUGUGUAAUGCAGCCUAGUUUUAUUUACACCAUCUCAGCUAUCUUAGAAAUAUAACUUUGCUCUGUGCUUCUCCGAGCAUGCACUUCGUAGGAUAUAGCCUAUAGGCUAUGGAUCAUUUGAUUGAGACCAAACUAAAUAGCCUAUAGGCGCAAUUGAUAUUACGCGACCAGUGGAGAAUCAGAGAUGAGAGGCAGCAUCAGGCACACAGCGAUAUAUAGCCUAAUAAGUAACUAAUUCUAAAACACUGAGAAAUACUGAAAUUUUAUCAAUUACAAAUUACAUGACCCUCCCAUGGACUAGAGUAAAACAGUACUAAACCCUCCCCUUGACUGAAAUUGAAAGAAACAUGACCCUCCCCCAUUUUCCUCCAGGUAACCAUUCGGUACAUUUCGAUCCGUCCCUUAGUCAACUGACAGUCCAGUACAAAAUUGGUGCCCAAAGACCCAUAAAAUAAUGCAUAAGUCGUCGUACCUUGACACGAAUGGGAUAUGGAAGCCAACGACCUUACAGAGUUCCACUUCUUUCAGCAAAACACAAGAAACUGCGAUUGCAGUGGGCUAAGGAACGAAAACACUGGACACUGGAGAAUUGGAAAAACAUUGCCUGUUCUGAUGAAUCCCAGUUCCUGCUGUUUCACACUGAUGGGAGGACUAGGGUAUGGAGAAAACCACAUGAGUACAUGCAUCCAUCAUGCCGCGUGUCAACAUUGCAGGCUGGUGGUGGUGGUGUGAUGGAGUGGGGUGUGUUUUCAUGGCACGCAAUGGGCCCUUUGAUAAAAGCGGAGCAACGUUUGAAUGCCACAGGAUAUCUGAACAUCAUUGCCAAUCAGGUGCACCCCUUCAUGGCAGCAGUGUAUCCAUCUGCGAAUUGAAUCUUUCAGCAGGAUAAUGCCCCAUGCCAUAAGGCUAGGAUUGUCCAGGACUGGUUCCACGAACAUGACAGUGAAUUCAGUUUACUGUAGUGGCCUGCACAGUCACCAGAUCACAAUCCAAUUGAGCAUCUGUGGUAUGAGAUGGAACAAGCUAUUCGGAGUAGAGAUCCACUACCAGCCAACUUGACACAACUGUAGAGUCCAUGCUCUAACGAAUUGAGGCUGUUCUGAGGGCAAAAGGGGGUGCAACUCAAUAUUAGGAAGGUGUUCCUAAUGUUUUUUACACUCAGUGUAUAUACAGUAUAUAUAUAUAUAUAUAUAUAUAUAUAUAUAUAUAUAUAUAUAUACACAGUUGAAGUCGGAAGUUUACACACACUUAGUUUGGAGUCAUUAAAACUCGUUUUACAACCACUCCACAAAUUUCUUGUUAACAAACUAUAGUUUUGGCAAGUCGGUUAGGACAUCUACUUUGUGCAUGACACAAGUAAUUUUUCCAACAAUUGUUUACAGACAGAUUAUUUCACUUAUAAUUCACUGUAUCACAAUUCCAGUGGGUCAGAAGUUUACAUACACAAAGUUUACGUGCCUUUAAACAGCUUGGAAAAUUCCAGAAAAUGAUGUCAUGGCUUUAGAAGCUUCUGAUAGGCUAAUUGACAUAAUUUGAGUCAAUUGGAGGUGUACCUGUGGAUGUAUUUCAAGGCCUACCUUCAAACUCAGUGCCUCUUUGCUUGACAUCAUAGGAAAAUCAAAAGAAAUCAGCCAAGACCUCAGAUUUUUUUUUGUAGAUCUCCACAAGUCUGGUUCAUCCUUGGGAGCAAUUUCCAAAACGCCUGACGGUACCACGUUCAUCUAUACAAACAAUAGUAUGCAGGUAUAAACACCAUGGGACCACGCAGCUGUCAUACCGCUCAGGAAGGAGAUGCAUUUUGUCUCCUAGAGAUGAACGUACUUUGAUGCGAAAAGUGCAAAUCAAUCCCUGUCAAGUGUCAAUGUGCAGCGGUAGGACGGAGUCAGGCGCAGGACACAGAACUGAGUAAACAACGUACUUUACUUGAAAAAUAAACAACACUAAUUUCCACGCAGGGAAAACACACCAGCUCAAAUAAGUCUCAGACACAAAACAAAGAACAAACACGCACAAAACCAUGUGGGUACCAGAGGGUUAAAUAGGGAAAUAAUAUAAUGUAAUGGGAACCAGGUGUGUACAAUCAAGACAAAACAAAUGGAAAACGAAACGUAGAUCGGUGGCAGCUAGAAAGCCGGUGGACGACCCGGAGGACGAGGCGCAGGACGAUCCGGGUGGAGAUGGUGAAAUUCCUGCAGUAAGGAAGGGUCCAGGAUGUCCUCCACCGGCACCCAGCAUCUCUCCUCCGGACCGUACCCCUCCCACUCCACGAGGUACUGAAGGCCCCUCGCCUGACGCCUUGAGUCCAUGAUGGCUCGUACAGUAUACGCAGGGAACCCCUCGAUGCGGGAGGUUCCCCUCACAGGAACCUCCCGCACCUCAGACUGCUGGAGCGGACCUGCCACCACCGGCCUGAGGAGAGACACAUGGAACGAGGGGUUAAUACGGGUUAAUACGGGGGAGCUGUAACCUAUAGCAUACCUCGUUCAGUCUCCUCAGGACUUUAAAUGGCCCCACAAACCGCGAACCCAGCUUCCGGCAGGGCAGGCGAAUGGGCAGGUUUCGGGUCGAGAGCCAGACCUGGUCCCCCGGUGCAUACACCGGGGACUCACUGCAGUGGCGGUCGGCGCUCGCCUUCUGUCGCCUGAUGGCCCAUUGCAGGUGCACAUGGGCAGCGUCCCAUGUCUCCUCCGAGCGCCGAAACCAUUAAUCCACCGCAGGUGCCUCGAUCUGGCUCUGAUGCCACAGUGCCAGGACUGGCUGAUAACCUAGUACACACUGAAACGGAGACAUGUUAGUGGAGGAGUGGCAGAGGGAGUUUUGGGCCAUCUCUGCCCAGGGGAUGAAAGCCGCCCACUCCCCCGGCCGGUCCUGGCAAUAGGACUGCAGAAACCUACCCACAUCCUGGUUAACUCUCUCCACCUGCCCAUUACUCUCGGGGUGAAAACCUGAGGUCAGGCUGACCGAGACCCCCAGACGUUCCAUGAACACCCUCCAGACCCUCGAUGUGAACUGGGGACCCCGAUCAGACACUAUAUCCUCAGGCACACCGUAGUGCCAGAAGACGUUGGUAAACAGGGCCUCCGCAGUCUGUAGGGCCGUAGGGAGACCGGGCAAAGGAAGGAGAUGGCAGGACUUAGAAAACCGAUCCACAAUGACCAGGAUCGUAGUGUUACCUUGUGACGGAGAGAUCCGUCACGAAGUCCACUGAUAGGUGUGACCAUGGCCGUUGUGGAACGGGUAGGGGUUGUAAUUUCCCUCUGGGCAGGUGUCUAGGUGCCUUGCACUGGGCGCACACCGAGCAGGAGGAAACAUAAACCCUCAUGUCCUUAGCUAAAGUGGGCCACCAGUACUUCCCACUAAGACAGCGCACUGUCCGACCGAUGCCAGGAUGACCAGAGGAGUGUGACGUGUGGGCCCAACAGAUCAAUCGAUCGCGGACAUCAGACGGAACGUACAGACGCCCAACUGGACACUGGGUGGGAGUGGGCUCCGUAUUUAACGCCCGCUCAAUGUCCGCGUCAACCUCCCAUACCACCGGUGCCACCAGGCAAGAAGCCGGAAGUAUGGGAGUGGGAUCCGUGGACCGCUCCUCUGUGUCAUACAUCCGGGACAGUGCGUCUGCCUUAGUGUUCUGGGAACCUGGUCUGUAGGAUAGGGUGAAAACAAAAUGGGUGAAAAACAUGGCCCACCUUGCCUGGCGAGGGUUCAGUCUCCUCACCGCCCGGAUGUACUCCAGAUUGCGGUGGUCAGUCCAAAUGAGGAAAGGGUGUUUAAGCCCCAUCAAGCCAAUGCCUCCACGCCUUCAGAGCCCUGACAACAGCUAACAGCUCCCGGUCCCCCACAUCAAAGUUUCGCUCCGCCGGGCUGAGCUUCUUCAAAAAGAAAGCACAGUGGAGGAGCUUUGGUGGCGCACCCGAGCGCUAAGACAGCACAGCUCCUAUCCCAGCCUCGGACGCGUCCACCUCUACUAUGAAUGCCAAGGAGGGAUCAGGAUGAGCCAGCACGGGAGCCGAGGUAAACAGAGCCUUCAGGUGACCAAAAGCCCUGUCCGCCCCAGCUGACCACUGCAGUCGCACCGGUCCCCCCUUCAGCAAGGAGGUAAUGGAAGCCGCCUGACCAAAGCCCCGGAUAAACCUCCGGUAGUAGUUGGCAAACCCUAAGAACCGCUGCACCUCCAUUACCGUGGUUGGAGUCGGCCAAUUACACAUGGCUGAAAUGCGGUCAUUCUCCAUCUCCACCCCUGACGCGGACAGGCGGUACCCUAGGAAGGAGACAGACUGUUGGAUGAACAGACAUUUCUCAGCCUUGACGUACAGGUCAUGCUACAACAGUCGACCAAGCACCUUGUGCACCAGGGACACAUGCUCGGCGCAUGUAGCGGAGUAUAUUAGAAUGUCAUCUAUAUACACCACUACACCCUGCCUGUGCAGGUCCCUGAAAAUAGCAUCUACGAAGGAUUGGAAGACUGAUGGAGCAUUCAUCAACCCGUACGGCAUGACGAGGUACUCAUAGUGCCCAGAGGUGGUACUAAAUGCCGUCUUCCACUCAUCCUCCUCCCGGAUACGCACCAGGUUGUAAGCGCUCCUGAGAUCCAAUUUGGUGAAGAAGCGCGCCCCGUGCAAUGACUCUGUCACACUGGCUAUGAGAGGCAGUGGGUAACUGUAGUUCACAGUGAUCUGAUUUAGACCUUGAUAGUCAAUGCACGGGCGUAAACCUCCAUCUUUCUUCUUCACAAAAAAGAAACUCAAGGAGGCAGGUGAAGUGGAAGGCCGAAUGUAUCCCUGUCCCAGAGAUUCGGAGACAUAUGUUUCCAUAGCCGCUGUCUCCUCCUGAGACAGAGGAUACACGUGACUCCUGGGAAGUGCUGCGCCUACCUGGAGAUUUAUCGCACAAUCCCCCUGUCGAUGGGGUGGUAGUUGAGUCGCCGCCUUUUUACAGAAGGCGAGAGCCAAAUCGGCAUAUUCGGGGGGAAUGUGCAUAGUGGAGACCUGGUUUGGACUCUCCACCGUAGUUGCACCUAUGGAAACACCUACACACCUCCCUGAGCACUGACGUGACCAUCCCUUGAGAGCCCUCUGUUGCCACAAAAUAGUGGGGUCAUGAGAGGCCAACCAGGGAAAGCCCCAACACCACAGGAUCAGGAAGAGACUAAUUCUCUCCUCAUGACCCUCCUGCGUUUUCAUACAUAGUGGAGCUGUGACCUCCCUAAUCAGGGCCGAACCUAAAGGACGACUAUCUAAGGCAUGUACAGGGAAGGGCACAUCAACAGGAACAAUAGGGAUCCCUAAUCUACGUGCAAAUGAACGGUCAAUAAAGUUCCCAGCCGCGCCUGAAUCUACUAGUGCCUUAUGCUGGGAAUGUGGGGAAAACUCAGGAAAUUCUAUGCAUACACACAUGUGCGCAACAGGGAGCUCUGGGUGAGUUGGGUGCCUACUCACCUGGGAUGAUCCACCAGUGCCCUGCCUGCUGCCUCGACUCCCUGGGGAACCUCCCCAGCACCGACCAGCAGUGUGCCCUCUGCGGCCACAGUUGGUGCAGGAAACGGCCCCCCCUCCGGUCACCCUUAGAGCAGCACUUCCGAGCUCCAUAGGGGUAGGGUCGGAGGUGCUGGGGGAUGGAAUGGACGGACCCUGACCCGGACGUCCGCGGAUGGCCAACAGGUUAUCCAGCCGUAUAGAUAAAUCCACCAGCUGGUCGAGGGUAAGGGUGGUGUCCCUGCAUGCCAGCUCCCGACGAACGUCCUCACGUAGACUACACCGGUAAUGGUCGAUCAGGGCCCUCUCAUUCCAUCCCGCGCUGGCAGCCAAGGUCCUGAAGUCCAUUGCGAAGUCCUGUGCGCUCCUCUUCCCCUGUCUGAGGUGGAACAAGCGUUCCCCCGCCACUCUCCCCUCAGGUGGAUGAUCGAAGACCGCCCGGAAGCGGCGGGUGAAAUCCUCAUAGCGAACCAACGCUGCAUCUAUUCCUCCCCAUUCGGCGUUGGCCCACUCAAGCGCUCUCCCCGACAGACAGGAGAUGAGGGCGGACACGCUCUCGUAUCCCGAGGGGGCCGAGUGGAUGGUCGCCAGGUAGAGCUCCACCUGGAGCAGGAACCCCUGGCACCCGGCAGCCGUCCCAUCAAAUGCCCUCGGGAGCGAGAGAAGAAUCCCACUGGGUCCAGGUGACGGAUGGGUGGACAUCGGUGUGGGUUGAUCUGAAGUUGAUGGGGUUGUGGGAAAACCCCCUCUCUCCCAUCGCUCCAUGGUCUGCAACACGCGAUCCAUGGCUGUGUCAAGAUUCUGGAGCAUCGUUGCGUGCUGCAGGAUGCGCUCCUCCACUGGUACCGGAGGGACUGGAUGCACCUGCUGACUCCAUAUGUGGUGCGUGUUUCUGUCAAGUGUCAAUGUGCAGCGGUAGGACUGAGUCAGGCGCAGGACACAGAACUGAGUAAACAACGUACUUUACUUGAAAAAUACACAAAUUUCCACGCAGGGAAAACACACCAGCUCACAUAAGUCUCAGACACAAAACAAAGAACAAACACGCACAAAACCAUGUGGGAACCAGAGGGUUAAAUAGGGAAAUAAUAUAAUGUAAUGGGAACCAGGUGUGUACAAUCAAGUCAAAACAAAUGGAAAAAGAAACGUAGAUCGGUGGCAGCUAGAAAGCCGGUGACGACGACCGCCAAAUGCCGCCCGAACAAGGAGAGGCACCAACUUCGGCGGAAGUCGUGACAAUCCCAGAACAACAGCAAAGGACCUUGUGAAGAUGCUGGAGAAAACAGGUACAAAAGUAUCUAUAUCCACAGUAAAACGAGUCCUAUAUUGACAUAACCUGAAAGGCCGCUCAGCAAGGAAGAAGCCACUGCUCCAAAACCGCCAUAAAAAAGCCAGACUACGGUUUGCAACUGCACAUGGGGACAAAGAUCGUACUUUUUGGAGAAAUGUCCUCGGGUCUGAUGAAAAAAAAUAGAACUGUUUGGCCAUAAUGACCAUCGUCAUGUUUGGAGGAAAAAGGGGAAGGCUUGCAAGCCGAAGAACACCAUCCCAACCGUGAAGCACGGGGGUGGCAGCAUCAUGCUGUGGGGGUGCUUUGCUGCAGGAGGGACUGGUGCACUUCACAAAAUAGAUGGCAUUAUGAGGAAGGAAAAUUAUGUGGAUAUAUUGAAGCAACAUCUCAAGACAUCAGUCAGGAAGUUAAAGCUUGGUCGCAAAUGGGUCUUCCAAAUGGACAAUGACUCCAAGCAUACUUCCAAAGUUGUGCCAAAAUGGCUUAAGGACAACAAAGUCAAGGUAUUGGAGUGGCCAUCACAAAGCCCUGACCUCAAUCCUAUUGACAAUUUGUGGGCAGAACUGAAAAAGUGUGUGCGAGCAAGGAGGCCUACAAACUUGACUCAGUUACACCAGCUCUGUCAGGAGGAAUGGGCCAAAAUUCACCCAACUUAUUGUGGGAAGCUUGUGGAACGCUACCCGAAACGUUUGACCCAAGUUAAACAAUUUAAAGGCAAUGCUACCAAAUACUAAUUGAGUGUAUGUAAACUUCUGACCCACUGGAAAAGUGAUGAAAGAAAUAAAAGCUGAAAUAAGUCAUUCUCUCUACCAUUAUUCUGACAUUUCACAUUCUUAAAAUAAAGUGAUGAUCCUAACUGACCUAAGACAGGGAAUUUUUACUAGGAUUAAAUGUCAGGAAUUGUGAAAAACUGAGUUUAAAUGUAUUUAUCAACUGUAUAUAUAAACGGAGUGUACAAAACAUUAUGAACACCUGCUCUUUCCAUGACAGACUGACCAGGUGAAUCCAGGUGAAAGCUAUGAUCCCUUAUUGAUGUCACUUGUUAGACAGGUUAAAGAAGGAUUUUUAAGCCUUGAGACAACUGAGACAUGUAUUAUGUAUGUGUGCCAUUCAGAGGGUGACAAAAGAAUGGGCAAGACAAAAUAUUUAAGUGCCUUUGAACGGGGUAUGGUAGUAGGUGCCAGGCUCAUUGGUUUGUUUCAAGAACUGCAACGCUGCUGGGUUUUUCACGCUCAACGGUUUUCCGUGUGGUCCACCACCCAAAGGACAUCCAGCCAACUUGACAACUGUGGGAAGAGCCAACAUGAGCCAGCAUCCCUAUGGAAUGCUUUCGACACCUCGUAGUCCAUGCCCCAACAUAUUUAGGCUGUUCUGAGGGCAAACGGGGGAUGCAACUCAAUAUUAGGAAGGUGUUCUUAAUGUUCUGUACACUCAGUAUAUUAUUCAUUGAAAUUACCAUUGAAUAGGAUUAGUUUCAUUCAAGUUUUCCUUCCCACUCUUCCCCAAACCCCAUACCCGUACAGGAGUACCAGGGUUCGUCUGUCUUAGGCCAGUUUGUGACACGUUUCCUUCUGCGAGAGACCAACACCCAGUUGCAGUCCCUGCAGUUAUCACUAGACUGCACUAUGGAGGCUGUGGACGAGCAGAGCUGCACUGGCAGGUAGAGUAGCACCGCAGUUACUAUCUAUUAUCUUCCGCUGUGCACUGCUACAUCAAGUAGUUGAACAUCUUGGUGUACUAUUACCAUUACCAGUGAGUGAUCAGUUACCGUACAUGAUUAUGCCUAUAUCAGGAUAUGUAGGAUGAUGAUGCAUUUGAUGGUAGUGACAAUUAUAAGGAUGCAGCUGGUACGGUUGAUGACAAUGAUGAUGAAAAUCACUGUAUUUGACAACAGCAACAACAACACUGUUGCUGUUGAUGAUGAUGAUGAUGAUGACGAUAAUGAUGAUAAUUGUGUCCACUGCAGGAAGAUAAGGAAGCCAGAGGAUCUUUCUCUCCAGAGAAUCGCCAAACGCCCCAGCCGUCGAAUCCAAAAGGACCUGUGUCUCUCUCCCACAGACCCUUACUCUGGCAUGCUCACUACAGGUACACAGCAGUGGAGGCUCCUCAGAGGAGGAAGGGGAGGACCAUCCUCCUCAGUGAAUUUCAUAAAAAUAAAAAUAGUAAAACAUUUAAAAAUGUAUCCUUUUUAGAUAAAACUAUGCUAAAUAUAUUCACGUCACCAAAUAAUUGAUUAAAACACACUGUUUUGCAAUGAAGGUCUACAGUACCCUCAACAGCACUCUAUAGGGUAGCACCAGGGUGUAGCCGGAGGACAGCUACCUUCCAUCCUCCUCUGGAUACAUUGACUUCAAUACAAAACCUAGGAGGCUCAUGGUUCUCACUCCUUUCCAUAGACUUACACAGUAAAUUAUGCAACUUCCGGAGGACCUCCUCCAACCUAACAGAGCUCUUGCAGCAUGAACUGACAUGUUGUCCACCUAAUCAAAGGAUCAGAGAAUGAAUCUGGUACUGAGAGCAUAAGCUACAGCUAGCUAGCACUGCAGUGCAUAACAUGUGGUGAGUAGUUGACUCAAAGAGAGAGAAAGACAAUAGUUGAACAGUUUUGAACAAAUACAUUUUUUCAAAAAUGAAAGCGAGGCAAGAGAGAGAGCUAGAGAGAUAUUUAGCCAUUUUUACUUUCACUUACUUAGCUAGCAAAAGCAGCUAGCUAGUUCAGCCUACUCAAACACCUGGCUCAAACAGGGGGAUGCUAUGUUAGCUAGCCAGCUAUGACUAUCCAACACAACACUGGAACUCUUUCAAGUCAAGGUAAGCUUUUGGUUUAACUCAUUUAUUGCCACCGGUGCCCGCCGGUGUAAACUACACUGUAACGUUACUGCAUGAUUGUAGCAGGUUUACUAACAAGUUAGUUCUAUUAGCUAUGUUGACUAUGAUGUUACUUUAGCUAAUAUGGUGACAACUAUGUAGGCUGUGUGUAGCGGUUAUGAUAUGGUUUGGCUUGGAACGUUUUUUUUACCUGGUCACAGCCUGAUGUGUUGUGCAUUGAAGUCCACAAGCGAAGGGAGAAGGUGAGAGGAGGAGAGCGCAUAGAUGCGAGAAGGAAUACAAUGUGGCUGCUAUGAAAGUGAACUGUGUUUACGUGUGAUCAGGGGUGUAUUCAUUCUGCCGAUUCUGUUGAGAAACGUUUCUUAAACGGAAGCAAACGGAAUGAAGCGGGGAUAAACAUACCUGAAUUUGUCCAAUAGAAACUCUAGUUUGCAACUGUUGACCUAAUGAUUACACCCUAUAUCAGCUAGAUGCUCGACCUGUGUGCACCUACGCUGUAAACUUUAAUUCAUAGGCUAGGUUGUAGCAACCUCAUGAUGGGUAUAGGGAACAAUUUGAGUAUAAUGUAGUAGCCUAAAACUAUCGAUGUUACAUUGAACUGGGUGAAUGGAAUAUGAAUGACAGUCAUCCAAUGUGCUGUAAUAGAAAUAAGACCAUGCUCAUGAAAAAAAAAUGGUCCUCCCUCACUGGUACACACUGACACACACCUGUGUUUGGUCUCAAAACAUUCAACUGCAAUAUGUGUUUUUGGCAAUGACACAUAUCACAUAUAAGCCUAUGGCAAUUGGAAAUCAAUUUAGUGCAGUUGAAUGUUUUGAAAUGUAAAUUCUUAAACUGUAAUUGUUUGAUUUUUUAAAUGUUUUUACUUCAUAUGUCACAAAGUCCUGUGAUGAUCUGACAUUCUGUUUCCUUGGUUAAGGUGUCAGUGUGGAGCCAGACAACCACCACUGGAGCUCCCAGGCCAACCGCCUGCAGCAGCUCAUAGACAAGCUGGAGUAUGAGGUACGAGGUUCAGUGGUUGUUAGCUAGAGUCUAAGGAACGAGGUUCACUAUUUGUUAGCUGUAGUAUGAGGUACGAUAUGCAGUAGUUGUUAGCUGAAGAAUGAGGUUCAGUGGUGGUUGAGGUUCAGUGGUGGUUGAGGUUCAGUGGUUGUUGAGGUACGAGGUUCAGUGAUUGUUAGCUGGAGUAUGAGGUACAAGGUUAGUACAUAGAUCAUUCCAUUUGGUCUUAAUGAUGUGUUGUGAGUCUCUAUUCAAACACGUAUGUCUUUGAUAAGUGCCCACUGAUUCAUUUAUGCUUAGUUGACACUAAGCUUAAGUCACAACAUUGCCCCUCCCGCUGGGAUGCACUAAUAUUUAAUAGACGACGACAAACACCUAAAGUGCUAACUGUCAAAUUCUCGUCUUAUAUUACCCAAGCUCAUGCUCUCAUGGCUAGAUUCAACCUGCUUAGGGAAAUAUACACUCACCAGCCAGUUUAUUAGGUACACCCAUGUAGUACUGGGUCAGACCCCCCUUUGCCUUCAGAACAGCCUGAAUUCAUCGGGGCUUGGAUUCUACAAGGUGUUAGAAAUAUUCCACAGGGAUGUUGGUCCAUGCUGACGUGAUAGCUUCACGCAGUUGCUGCAGAUUGGACGGCGUUACAUUCAUUGCUCAAUUGGUAUCAAGGGACCUAACGUGUGCAAGGAAAACAUUCCCCACACCAGUACACCACCGCCACCAGCAUGUACUGUUGACACCAGGCAGGAUGGGUCCAUAAGCUCAUGCUGCUUACGCCAAAUCCUGACUCUGCCAUCAGCAUGACGCAACAGUAACCGGGAUUCGUCGGACCAGGCAAUGCUUUUCCACUCCUCAAUUGUCCAGUUGGUGAUCGCAUGCCCACUGGAGCUGCUUCUUCUUGUUUUUAGCUGAUAGGAGUGGAACCCGGUGUGGUUGUCUGCUGCAAUAGCGCAUCCGUGACAAGGAUCGACUAGUUAUUUGUUCUGAGAUGCCGCUCUGCACACCACUGUUGUCCUGCACCGUUAUUUGUCUGUUUGUGGCCCACCUGUCAGCUUGCACGAUUCUUGCCAUUCUCCUUCGACCUCUCUCAUCAACAAGCUGUUUUCGCCCACAGGACUGCCGCUGACUGGAUGUUUGUUGUUUGUCGCACCAUUCUUGGUAAACUCUAGACACUUUCAUGCGUGAAAAGCCCAGGAGGGCGGCCGUUUCUGAGAUACUGGAUCCGGUGCGCCUGACACCGACGAUCAUACCAUGCUCAACGUCGCUUAGGUCACUCGUUUUGCCCAUUCUAACAUUCAAUCCAACAGUAACUGAACGCCUCGAUGCCUGUUUGCCUGCUUUAUAUAGCAAGCCACAUGACUCACUGUCUAUAGGAUCGAUCCAUUUUCGUGAACUGGGUGGUGUAACAAAAAAACUGUCCGGUGAAUGUAUAUAUACAUAUAUCAAUCCAUUUCAUAUCAAAGGCAAUGCUCUGUGACAUACAGUUAGGCUACCAUAUUUCAGCCAAAUUUGAUCAGGCUCGUUAUGUUCUUAAAGUUUGUUCUUCUCAUGACUGAUAUUUAUACUUCCAUUUGCAGAGUCCACAUCUGGAACCACUCAAUGAAGACACGUUAGCCGGCACAUAUAACUCGGUGAGUCCAACUCGGACAGCCACUAUGGCCACUUCCUUUUAGAUUUGGAAAAGUUUUCUAUGUACACUACCAGUUAAAAGUUUGGACACACCUACUCAUUCAAGGGUUUUUCUUAAUUUUUUUACUAUCUUCUACAUUGUAGAAUAAUAGUGAAGACAUCAAAACUUUGAAAUAACACAUAUGGAAUCAUGUAGUAACCAAAAAAGUGUUAAACAAAUACAAAUGUAUUUUGUAUUUGAGAUUCUCCAAAUAGCCACCCUUUGCCUUGAUGACAGCUUUGCACACUCUUGGCAUUCUCUCAACCAGCUUCACCUGGAAUGCUUUUCCAACAGUCUUGAAGGAGUUCCCACAUAUGCUGAGCACUUGUUGGCUGCUUUUCCUUCACUCUGCGGUGCGACUCAUCCCAAACCAUCUCAAUUGGGUUGAGGUCGGGUGAUUGUGGAGGCCAGGUCAUCUGAUGCAGCACUCCAUCACUCUCCUUCUUGGUAAAAUAGCCCUUACACAGCCUGGAGGUGUGUUGGGUCAUUGUCCUGUUGAACAACAAAUGAUAGUCCCACUAAGCCCAAACCAGAUGGGAUGGCGUAUCGCUGCAGAAUGCUGUGGUAGCCAUGUUGGUUAAGUGUAAAUAAGUCACAGACAGUGUCACCAGCAAAGCACCCCCACACCAUAACACCUCCUCCUCCAUGCUUUACAGUGGGAACUACACAUGCAGAGAUCAUCCGUUCACCCACACCGCGUCUCACAAAGACACGGCGGUUGGAACCAAAAAUCUCAAAUUUGGACUCCAGACCAAAGGACAAAGGUUUCUUGGCCCAAGCAAGUCUCUUCUUCUUAUUGGUGUCCUUUAGUAGUGGUUUCUUUGCAGCAAUUCGAUCAUGAAGGCCUGAUUUACACAGUCUCCUCUGAACAGUUGAUGUUGAGAUGUGUCUGUUACUUGAACUCUGUGAAGCAUUUAUUUGGGCUGCAGUUUCUGAGGCUGGUAACUCUAAUGAACUUAUCCUCUGCAUCAGAGGUAACUCUGGGUCUUCCAUUCCUGUGGCGGUCCUCAUGAGAGUCUGUUUCAUCAUAGCGCUUGAUGGUUUUUGCGACUGCACUUGAAGAAACUUUCAAAGUUCUUGACAUUUUCCGGAUUUUUCCCGUAUUGACUGACCUCCACCUUGUCCCAACACAACUGAUUGGCUCAAACGCAUUAAGAAGGAAAGAAAUUCCACAAAUUAACUUUUAAGAAGGCACACCUGUUAAUUGAAAUGCAUUCCAGGUGACUACUUCAUGAAGCUGGUUGAGAGAAUGCCAAUAGUGUGCAAAGCUGUCAUCAAGGCAAAGGGUGGCUAUUUGAAGAAUCUCAAAUAUAAAAUAUAUUUUCAUUUGUUUAACCCUUUUUUGGUUACUACAUGAUUCCAAAUGUGUUAUUUCAUAGUUUAGAAGUCUUCACUAUUAUUCUACAAUGUAAAAAAUAGUACAAAUAAAGAAAAACCCUUGAAUGAAUUGGUGUGUCCAAACUUUUGACUGGUAGUGUAUAUCUUGAAAGGUGUUACCCUAGAUUUCAAUUACUUGACAUAGUGAGAUCCAUGUAUCUCUCAAAAUAAUGUUUCUCUGCUAUAGCAUCAUUCAUUUGUCUUAGGUCCAUAAGGAAACUUAUACUUCUUUAGGGAGUUAUUUUGUCUUGUUUUGACCCCAUUAUCAACACAGGCAGCACGUCUCGAGAUUGAGGGUUUUAACAUUACAAUGUCCAAACCAGUAGUUUCCCCCUCAACAGAACAUCCUGCUGGUGCAGAGACAGAUGUCUGUGAAGGACAAAGACACAGAGGAGUUCCAGCAGGCUCUGAAGAUCUACACAGACGCCACAGUCUGCCAGACCAAAAAUUUGCAGUGGGUCUCUCUUCUAGAUUGAAUAAAUUGCCAAUUGUUUUUAUUUACAAUUUAACAUUUUAGUCAUUUAGCAGACACGACUUACAGUUAGUGCAUUCCUCUUAAGAUAGCUAGGUGGGACAACCACAUCUCAGUCAGUGUAAGUACAUUUUUCCUCAAUAAAGUAGCUAUCAGCAAAGUCAGUGCUCGUAGGAGGGGGGGGGGAGUGAAGUGCGAGUGUUAGUUUACAAAAGGCAAGGGGGUGCUGAGGGAUUAUUUAAGAUACUCUUUGAAGAGGUAGGGUUUCAGAUGUUUUCAGAAGAUGGGCAGGGACUCUGCUGUCCUAGCUUCAGGGGGAAGCUGGUUCCACCAUUGGGGUUCCAGGACAGAGAAGAGCUUUGACUGGGCUGAGUGGGAGCUGCCCUCCUGUAGGGGUGGGAGGUCCAAGAGACCAGAGCUUGCAGGACGGAGUACUCGGGUUGGGGUGUAGGGUUUGAGCAUAGCCUGAAGGUAGGGAGGGGCAGUUACUCUUGCUACUCCGUAGGCAACAACCAUGGUAUUGUAGUGGAUGCGAGCUUUGACUGGAAGCCAGUGGAGUGUGCGGAGGAGCGGGGUGAUAUGGGAGCCCAGCCAACAGCGAGUUGCAGUAGUCCAGACGGGAGAUGACAAGUGCCUGGAUUAGGACCUGCGCCGCUUCCUGUGUGAGGUAGGGUCGUACUCCACGGAUGUUGUAGAGCAUGAACCUGCAGGAUGGAGUCACUUCUUUGAUGUUUGCAGAGAACGACAGGGUGUUGUCCAGGGUCACGCCAAGGUUCUUUGCACUCUGGGUGGGGGACACCGUGGAGUUGUCAACUGUGAUGGAGAGGUCUUGGAGCAGGCAGGCCUUCGUCGGGAGGAAGAGCAGCUCCGUCUUGUCGAAGUUGAGCUUGAGGUGGUAGGGCCGACAUCCAAGCUGAGAUGCGUGUCUCCACCUGGGAGUCAGAAGGGGGGAAGGAAAAAAUUAGUUGAGUGUCAUCCGCAUUGCAAUGAUAGGAGAGACCAUGAGAGGAUAUUAGAAGAGAGGGCCUAGAACCAAGCCAGAGGGGACACCAAUAGUGAGAGUACGUGGUGCAGACAUAGAUCCUCUCUACGUCACCUGGAAGGAGCAGCCUGCCAGGUAGGAUGCAAUCCAAGAGUGUGCAGAGACGCCCAGCCCUGAGAGAGUGGAGAGGAGGAUCUGAUGGUUCACGGUGUCAAAGGCAGCGGAUAGAUCCAGGGGAGAGAGAGAGAGUCAGGUUUGGCAGUGUGGAGAGCCUCCGUGACACAGAGGAAAGCAGUUUUGGUUGAGUGGCCCGUCUUGAGCCUGGCUGGUUAGGGUCAAGAAGAUUGUUCUGAGAGAGAUAAUGAGAGAGUUGGUCAGAAACACUCAAGUGUUUUGGAAAGAAAAUACAAAAGGGAUACCGGUCUGUAGUUUUUUACAUCAGAGGGGUCGAGUGCUGGCUUCUUGAGGAGGGGAGCGACUCUGGCCAUUUUGAAGUCAGAAGGGACUCAGCCAGUGGUCAGGUAUGAGUUUAUGAGGGAAAUGAGGAAUGGAAGAAAGUCUCCAGAGUUGGUCUGGAGAAGGGAGGAGAGGUGAGGUCGAGAGGGCAGGUUGUCGGGCGGCUGGACCUCAGUAGUUGCAGGAUUUUGUCUGGAGAGAGAGGGGAGAAAGAGGUCAGGACCAGUGGACUCAAUGGUCUGAGUGAAUGAGGAGCAGAUGUUGUCAACCUUAUUUUCAAAGGGGUUGACAAAGUCAUCCACAGAGAGGGAGGGGGUGGAGGAUUAAGGGUUAGAGGCAGAAGCUUAACAUUUAGAGUGAUAUAAAGUGGAUUUAGCAGCAGAUACAGAGGAAAAGAAGGUAGAGGAGGGAGUGAAAGGAUGAUUGGUCCUCCGGAAGUUUAGUUUUCCUCCAUUUCCGCUCAACUGCAAGCAGCACUGUUCUUUAAUCUUGCAAUGAGUCACUCAGCCACAGAGGAAGAGGGGAGGCCUGAGUCAUAGGGGACAGUGCAAGUCAUAGGAUGCGGAAAGUGAGAUUAGUAGGCGAACAUCCUCUAGUAAAGCGUAUUGCCUGCCUUGUGAGUGGGAGAGGACUGGGAAAGGGUGAGGUCAAAACAGGCAAGGAGGGGAAAGAAAGAGGUGGAAAUAAAUUAAUUGAAAGCAGACGAUGGGCGGUUGAAGUCGCCCAGUAUGAUGAGCGGUGAGCCAUCAUCAAUAAAUUAGCUUAUCAAGGUGUCGAGCUCAUUCACAAAUUCUAAGGCCACCUGGUGGGCGAUAGAUGACAACAAUGUUAAGCUUGAGUAGACAAGUGACAGUGACAGCAUGGAAUUCAAAUGAGAUAGACAGGUGAGUGAGGGAGAAAAUAGAAAAUGAGUAGCCCUGUGCCACCACUGCGAUGACCAAAUGCUCUCGGACUAUGAGAGAACGCGUAGUCAGAUGAAGAGAGAGCAGCUGGAGUAGCAGUGUUCUCUGGGGUGAUCCAUUUCUCCGUCAGGGCCAAAAUGUCUAGGAACUGAAAGGCAACAUAGGUUGAGAUGAACUCUGCAUUCUUGACCGCAGAUCGGCAGUUCCAAGAAUUCCACAUGGCAGCCUAUUGUGAAUCUCUUUUCCUGGAUAAAUUGAAAUCUCCCUAAUCCUGAAUAGCUACUCUGGAUUCGGCAACACAAUGUGGGUGUGUUUCAAUACUGGAAAGGGGCUUCCUUUCCUUCAUAGCUAUUGUUUUGGGAUACUUUCAGAUAGGUGCUUGUACCUUCUGUACCAUGAAGGAAAGAAUGUACAAGAAAAUUACAAUAGUUCAGAAAUUUUUGUGAUACAGAGUACAGCCCCUACUACAGGAAACUACAAAUGCAACAUGCUAAUUUCAUUACGUGACAUAAGAGUUGUGACUUCAUUAUCCCACAGUGUGUCCAUUCAGACACUUCCAGAGAGAUCCUGCUUCAUCAUGUAUGAGUUCUGGCAAGACCGUUUCUCCUGGAUGAGGUACAUAAUUUAGUCUGUAGUCCCAACAGUGUCUCAAAUGAAUUAAGUCAAAUUGGUGAAUGAACUGUAAUGGUCAUCCAUGUGAAUGUUGAGUCAACUGCUUUCUGAAUUGACUGAAUGAAAAUGGAAUUGCACCUAAACCUUGUAAGAGACUAUGAUUUAGUAUAGCUGUUCAGAAUUCUUCCAAAAUCAGUUUUCCUACCAAAAGCCUUGAUAUAGAUGGGAUAUUACUAUGCUGUUGGGCUAGGCCAUGAUUAAAAUACCUUCUACGAAGCCUUAUUGACGGUCUGACAGAGCACUGACAGUGCAAGGUCACCCAAUUGACCCCUCCCUCCCCUUUUCCCAUCCCUUCCUCCUACAGUUACUUGCAGUCCCCCAUCAGCAAGACAUUCCACCGCUGCAUCAUUGACGUACUGGAGGACCCGGAAAUGGUCUCCACCAUGCUCCUACCGGGUAAGUGUUGCAUGGGCGGAUGGGCUUUUUGGGGUGUGGAUGGAGUGGGGAUGGGCGGGAGAAGAUGAAUGAAUGGCUAUACAGUCAGGGAAAAAAGUAUUUGAUCCCCUGCUGAUUUUGUACGUUUGCCCACUGACAAAGACAUGAUCAGUCUAUAAUUUUAAUGGUAAGUUUAUUUGAACAGUGAGAGACAGAAUAACAACAACAAAAUCCAGAAACACGCAUGUCAAAAAUGUUAUAAAUUGAUUUCCAUUUUAAUGAGGGAAGUAAGUAUUUGACCCCUCUGCAAAACAUGACUUAGUACUUGGUGGCAAAACCCUUGUUGGCAAUCACAGAGGUCAGACGUUUCUUGUAGUUGGCCACCAGGUUUGCACACAUCUCAGGAGGGAUUUUGUCCCACUUUGCAGAUCUUCUCCAAGUCAUUAAGGUUUCGAGGCUGAUGUUUGGCAACUCGAACCUUCAGCUCCCUCCACAGAUUUUCUAUGGGAUUAAGGUCUGGAGACUGGCUAGGCCACUCCAGGACCUUAAUGUGCUACUUCUUGAGCCACUCCUUUGUUGCCUUGGCCGUGUGUUUUGGGUCAUUGUCAUGCUGGAAUACCCAUCCACGACCCAUUUUCAAUGCCCUGGCUGUGGGAAGGAGGUUCUCACCCAAGAUUUGACGGUACAUGGCCCCGUCCAUCGUCCCUUUGAUGCGGUGAAGUUGUCCUGUCCCCUUAGCAGAAAAACACCCCCAGUUCUCCUCUGAAUCAUUCAGAUGUUCAUUGGCAAACUUCAAACGGGCCUGUAUAUGUGCUUUCUUGAGCAGGGGGACCUUGCGGGCGCUGCAGGAUUUCAGUCCUUCACGGCGUAGUGUGUUACCAAUUGUUUUCUUGGUGACUAUGGUCCCAGCUGCCUUGAGAUCAUUGACAAGAUCCUCCCGUGUAGUUCCUGGCUGAUUCCUCACCAUUCUCAUGAUCAUUGCAACUCCACGAGGUGAGAUCUUGCAUGGAGCCCCAGGCCGAGGGAGAUUGACAGGUUCUUUUGUGUUUCUUCCAUUUUUGCGAAUAAUCGCACCAACUGUUGUCACCUUCUCACCAAGCUGCUUGGCGAUGGUCUUGAAGCCCAUUCCAGCCUUGUCCCUGAUAUCCUUGGAGAGCUCUUUGGUCUUGGCCAUGGUGGAGAGUUUGGAAUCUGAUUGAUUGAUUGCUUCUAUGGACAGGUGUCUUUUAUACAGGUAACAAGCUGAGAUUAGGAGCACUCCCUUUAAGAGUGUGCUCCUAAUCUCAGCUCGUUACCUCUAUAAAAGACACCUGGGAGCCAGAAAUCUUUCUGAUUGAGAGGGGGUCAAAUACUUAUUUCCCUCAUUAAAAUGCAAAUCAAUUUAUAACAUUUUUGACAUGCGUUUUUCUGGAUUUUUUUUGUUGUUAUUCUGUCUCACACUGUUCAAAUAAACCUACCAUUAAAAUUAUAGACUGAUCAUUUCUUUGUCAGUGGGCAAACGUACAAAAUCAGCAGGGGAUCAAAUACUUUUUUCCCUCACUGUAUGUGACCUCAGAGAAAUAUUUUUAUAACAAUAUAUAAAUGAAGAAAACAACUCUGAGGUACAGAGCCUCAAAUCUACUGGAGAGGAUGUGAUAAUGCAUGCCACUUUUUAUGAUAAUUUAUUGUUGUCAAGGCCAAAUAUCUAAAUGAUCAGUCUAUUUAUUUUGUUCAUUUGUUUUUUCAGCAUCGUGGUGGAUUAUGAAUAACAACUGACAGAAGUAAAGUUCCUAUCAAUAACAAUAAGAGGAGAAAGUGUUACUUAAUUUGACUGUUUUGUACUGGUAUGUUUUACUUAAUUUGUUUACUUCAGCAUACUGAGGACUGUUUCCUAAACAAUAUGCUGUAUUUACUGUAUUGUAAUAUUUUGAGGUAAACUAAUGCACGACUUGACUAUUUAGUUAAAUCAGUCAAAAAACCUAAUGCGUUAGAAAGAGAGAAAGUUUUGAAAUAUUGCAAUAACUAUUGUGUUAUUGAAAUCCAUAUCAUUAUAAUAAGUAUUUUUUCCAGUGCAUCUUUCGAUACAUUGACAUGUCAUGUAUGAUUUUAGAUGUAGAAAUAGACGUACAAGAUCAAAAAUGUUUGCAUGAAUUUGAAUGAUUUCCCAAUGCUACUUUGUUACUACUUUCUAAACAAACAUGUCACGUGAGUUGCUUUAACAUCCCAUUAUGUACUACGUUAGUUACCUAUAAUGCAUAUACAUAUCGAUUAUGGUCUAUGGUCAUUCAAUACUCAUACUGCAACUAAAAUAACAGCAGAUAACUAACUAGAGGUAGAGUUUACCAGUGUCCAAUUGUUCUACCUGUUGUAGUGUGCAAUGUUGAACCUAGCUCAUAGAAAAUGCCACAACAGUGAUUUCCAAUAAGAUGGUUCUUAUAGAAUUUACUCCAAACCCUGACUUGGAUAGAUUAUAUCGUAUUUAUAGUUACUGUAUGUCACUCCUGCACUUUAGUUGUGAACAGUGGUUGAAAUUAAUGAAUGGAUCUAUAUGUUUAUUUUUUUGAUGCUAUGUUGAUGGUUAAGUAUGUGAAGGGACAACAUGGCAGGUUUUCAGUCACUCCAAAGUGUAAUCUCAAUCUACUGAGAUAGCACUAACUAAAGUAAUAUUCAUAAAAUAACAAUACGGAUAUGGAACCUGUACUGCUAUCCCUCAGCUAAAACAAGCUAAUCUAAAGCCAUCAGUGUUUGUUUAUGGUAGAUAUUUUCCAUGGUGAAAGGAAAUGCAACCAACAUUAUAUUAUGAAUGGAGAACAAAACAAAAGCAACAUAGCAACAUUGCUUACCCUGUAAGCAGUCUAUGGACAACGUCAAACAGCAAUCAUUUUGUAAUUUGGGUGAACUAUCCCUUUAAGAAUAUAGCAAAUGUCUAUAAGAAUCUUCGUGAAACUAUAGGUAAUUCACAAAUGGUAAAGGAUCAUUAGUAGAUAGAUUUGAUAGCAGAGUGUUGAUCAUGUCAAAUGGAGAUGAAUGAAUAUGUCCAAUCUCUUCUGUACUGUAGUUGUUCUUCAGUGA